AUGAUCGACUUGAGCUUCCUUACGGAUGAAGAGCAGGAGGCGAUCCUCAAGGUGCUUCAGCGGGAUUCAGACCUGAAGAGAGCUGAAGAGGAGAGGGUCAGGUAAGAGCCAGGAAUUCCUUCAUACUCGGACAAGUAGUUCAGUGAGAGUGAAUGAGUGUGUAAGAGAGCAACCUGCUAAGUCUUCACCCCCUUCUGGAUUUGCUCUGGCUUAUUGCCACUAGUGAAGAGUUUUUCUUUCUUUCUUUCCUUUUUGAAAUAAUCUUUAUUUGGUUUUCAAGUAUAAAACUAUAACAAUGCAAAAUACAUACCCAUAUUUGGAGAUUCCUCCGAAUCCUAGGACUUCCCGCCUUACCCUCCAUGGGUCCUACUGUCAACCUUUUCAACUGCAUAUUAUUCAGUAAGCCAUAUUUUAUGUAUUUUAAUGUAUUUUUAAUCUUUGUUGGAAGCCACCCAGAGUGGCUGGGGAAACCCAGCCAGAUGGGCGGGGUACAAAUAAUAAAUUAUUAUUAUUAUUAUUAUUAUUAUUUAUUACACUCCAUUUUAUCCCUAAUAUUUGCUGCGCUACAAGUGUUAUUGCAAUCCUGCUAAUGUUUUCAUGUGCUUACGUUGGUCUCCCAGGUAAGUUAUACAUUUCCCCCAUUUUUAUUAAAGUUUUGGUCUUCUUGGUUCCUGAGCUUUCUGGUAAGUUUUGCCAUUUCGUCAAAAGUCCAGCAACUUAGUUUGCCAUUCUUCUCUGGUAGGGACUUUGUCCUCUUUCCAUCUCUGGGCUAGUUACAUCCAUGCAGCUGUCAUCACAUACAUAAAAAGCCUUCUCUGCUCCUUUGGAAUAUCGGUACCUACAAUUCCUAAAAGAAAAACUUCUGGUUUCUUUUUAAAAAAAAUAAAAGUUAUUUUAAACAUUUUUUCAAUUCAUUAUGUAUCAUUUCCCAGAAUGCUUUUAUUACCUUUCACGUCCACCACAUAUGAUAAAAGGUGCCUUAUUUUUCUUUACAUUUCCAGCAGGUAUUCAUACUUGUCUUAUACAUUUUUGCUAACUUACUAGGAGUCAAAUACCACCGAUACAUCAUUCUCAUAUAAUUUUCUUUCAGUGUGCAACAUGUCAAGAAUUUCAAAGCAGUUUUCCAUAACCUUUCCCAAUAUGAGAGUUGGGUAAAGGUAAAGGUACUCCUGACCGUUAGAUCCAGUCGCAGACGACUCGGGGGUUGUGGCGCUCAUCUUGCUCUAUAGGCCGAGGGAGCCGGUGUUUGUCUGCAGACAGCUUCCGGGUCAUGUGGCCAGCAUGACUAAGCCGCUUCUGGCGAACCAGAGCAGCGCACAGAAACACCGUUUACCUUCCCGCCGGAGUGGUACCUAUUUAUCUACUUGCACUUUGAUGUGCUUUCGAACUGCUAGGUGGGCAGGAGCAGUGACCGAACAAUGAGAGCUCACCCUGUCACGGAGAUUCGAUCCGCUGACCUUCCGAUCGGCAAGCCCUAGGCUCUGUGGUUUAUUAUGCCCCAAAUCCCUCGCCCAGUGUAUCAUUACAGAUUUAACCUAGUGAAGAGUUUUUCUAAUGACGGGGUGCUUCAAGGUGUUUUGGAGUACAACAUCCAUCAACCCCAGCCUGGGUAGCUACUAGGCAUGGUGGCUAUGUGCUACCUCCACUGUUGGUGACCGUGUGCCUCUAAACACCAGUUUUCGGGAAUCACAAGCAGUGUGAGUGCUGUUGUGCUCCUGUUCUGCUUACAGGCUUUCCAUAGGUGGGUCGUUGUGAGGACAGAGUGCUGGGCUAGAUGAGCCAGGCACAUUUUGCACCUGGCCUUUGACCACUUGUGACAAAGUGAAGAUGCCUGGGCGACAGGAUGAUUCCUUGACAUUUCCACCAUCUGGGAAUUAUUGGAUCUGGACUGUUUUCUCACCCCAUCCUGUAGAAUUGUAUCAGUUAUAUUUUAUCUGCACAAUCAGAAUAAAAUUAUGGGACCAAAUUGCUUUUUCUGUGAAGCCUGAGCAGAAGGAGUCAGCAUUCAGAAAAAGAGGUCAGAAUAGGCCAAUCUAUAUGUGGACUGUCCCUGGAUCAAGUGACUUUUCUUCUUUUAAGUUCUCAAAGCUCUUAACCCAGCUGAAGGUUGUCGUCUGAACUGGCCAGAUGUUUAACUGAGAAUCAAUCACUGUCAGUCCAUUAUUUGAGAAAACCAAGAGUUUAGAGCUGUCUUGCCCCCAAAAUGGCAACUAGGCAUUCCGUUUUGGCGACUGCAUCCCUAGCCGGAAUUAAGAUUGCUGGAAGAAAUAUCAACAACCUCAGAUAUGCAGAUGACACAACCGUGAUGGCAGAAAGUGAGGAGGAAUUAAAGAACUUUUUAAUGAGGGUGAAAGAGGAGAGCGCAAAAUAUGGUCUGAAGCUCAACAUCAAAAAAACGAAGAUCAUGGCCACUGGUCCCAUCACCUCCUGGCAAACAGAAGGGGAAGAAAUGGAGGCAGAGAGAGAUUUUACUUUCUUGGGCUCCAUGAUCACUGCAGAUGGUGACAGCAGCCACGAAAUUAAGAGACGCCUGCUACUUGGGAGAAAAGCAAUGACAAACCUAGACAGCAUCUUAAAAAGUAAAGACAUCACCUUGCCAACAAAGGUCCGUAUAGUAAAAGCUAUGGUUUUCCCAGUAGUGAUGUAUGGAAGUGAGAGCUGGACCAUAAAGAAGGCUGAUCGCCGAAGAAUUGAUGCUUUUGAAUUCUGGUGCUGUAGGAGAAUCUUGAGAGUCCCAUGGACUGCAAGAAGAUCAAACCUCUCCAUUCUUAAAGAAAUCAGCCCUGAGUGCUCACUGGAAGGACAGAUCGUGAAGCUGAGGCUCCAGUACUUUGGCCACCUCAUGAGAAGAGAAGACUCCCUGGAAAAGACCCUGAUGUUGGGAAAGAUGGAGGGCGCAAGGAGAAGGGGACGACAGAGGACAAGAUGGUGGGACAGUGUUCUCGAAGCUACCAGCAUGAGUUUGACUAAACUGCGGGAGGCAGUGGAAGACAGGAGUGCCUGGCGUGCUCUGGUCCAUGGGGUCAUGAAGAGUCAGACACGACUAAACAACAACAACAACAACAACAACCACCUUGGUUUAAGGAGCUGUUUGGUGCCUAGCUUAUAUAUCUGAAUUUCUAACACUGCUUGGCCACUGGUCCUGUUAGCUAGGGAUGAUGGGAGUUGUAGUCCCAAAACAGCUGGAGGGCCAAGUUUGGCCAUGCCUGGCUUAUGGCCAAUGUUAAGGGAUGAUGGGAAUUGUACUCCAGAACAUCACGGAGAACAACCGUGUUGGCUACCCUGUCCAACAGUUAUCGUGUGGGGCCAAUGCUAGCAUAUUCAUCACAAGAGCAUGCCGGCAAUUGUAGCCUUGCAUUCUGCAGAGUCAGAAUCGCCCUACAUAGAGCAAGCAUCCCUGGAGACAGUGUCAUUUCUUCAACUCCAUACACAUUUGUCUUGUCCCACUGUUGCAUCUGGAGAAAGGCUAUAAAGCCCAUGAACAUGGGUGAGUGUAGAUUCCAUCUGCAGCCAUCCUGGUUCCAUAAUGCCUUUAGGUCUGUUGGAAGACUAUUGUCUGUCUCCCAGUUUAUGGGGCGGGGGCCCUUUCUGUGUUAUCAGUCACAGCACCACACAUCUAACAGCACUUUAGCUUCUGCAAAAUAUUAUCAUAAGCCUUUCUAAGGUAAGUUAGAGGAAGGUUCCUGCUGUGCAUCAGUCUGAGUUUUUUUGGAUGAUGAAACAUGGAAAGAUGUGUGGAUCCUUCUUCCAGGCCUUGGAACCCUCACCGUCUUGUGGUUGUCAGACAAGUAAUUGCAGCGUAGUAACCCUUAACACAGAGAAGCAAACGAUAAAAAUAAUCUGGCGCCUUGCUACUUUGACCGUCGUGGCCGCUGGCACCAUGUAGUCUACAAGGAAGAAAUGUUGUGGUUGCAUUCUAGUCUUCCAGCUUUCCUCUCUUGACAUAUAAGCCCUUGGAAAAAGAUAGUCCUGCUUUUCACUUUGUUUGUUUGAUCAUGGAAGGAGAAUUCCGAGGUGGCUGGUGCUUCACCUCCAAAUGCAAAAUGUGUCCCCGCAUUGUGGUACAGGCCUCCUCCUGUGUCCAUGCUUCCAUGCAGUUGUGUCUAGGGCAGGAAUAGGCAGUUGUCCCCUGCUGCAAAACACAAAGUGAACCAACACACGCUGUCUAUGGAAGGACAGGAUGUCUCUUACCCUGUUUCGUUCUCCCAUCCUCUGACUCAUGCUGACUCUGGAGCUCAAAUUAAAGCUAUAAUCAGUGGGGAAAGAAAGGAACGGGAAACGUAUUGGACCUCAGUUCUGCUUUGCAAAAAUUCAGAAGGUCCCCUCAUUGCGAACUGAAAGUCCUUUUGUGUUUGGUUUCAUGCUGUGUUUGUAAAUUGCCUCGUGACUCCCGUGAAAGGUGAUUCAUAAAUUAAUACUACUACUUAUAAUCUAGGUUUAGCAAGACUUCUUGAAAUUUUGCAAGACUGCUUAAGACUGAUUUCGAAAUCUGGCACUCGCCCUCUUUCCCCUUCCCUCUGAAAAACGAAACAAAACCUUAACGUCAAUAUAUUCCUUCCACAAGAGCAUCUCUCGGCUCCCGUGGUUCCCAGCAGCUGGUAUUCAGAAGCGUUGCUGCCUCCAGUUGUGGAGGGCAGAGCGUAGCCAUUGUGGGUAGUAGCUGUGAAUAGCUGUAUCCGCCAUGAAUUUGCCCACUCCUCUUUCAAAGUCAGUGCCGCCUCCUGCAGAAGUGAGUUCCAUAUGUCCAACUUGGUGGCCACCACUGCCUUGGUGGCCAUCAAUUAUUUUCUGCACAAAGGAGCAGCAAGCCAGCAAGUUCUCCUGAAUUCACGGAGAACAAGGCUAUGUUCCGAACCACUGCUGUCGGAACUGGUGCCCCUCUGAAUCCCAAUUGCUGGGAGUCACAAAUGGGCAGAGUGUUGUUGCACUCGGGCCCUGCUUGUGAGCGUCCCAUAACGGGCACCUGGUUUCCCACUGGGAUGCUGGACUAGUUGAGCCCUUGACCUGAAUCCAUCAGGGUUCUCCAGGUGGAGGUCUUCCGAGAUAGCAGAACCUCCAUUCCCAGGGGACCAGCCUGCCUCUGAAUACCAGAUGAUGGGGGAAAACAGUUGGAGAGUUGAUAUUGCCUGUGGGUUUCCCAUAAUGGGCAUCUGGUUUUCCACUGUGAGAACAGGGUGACGGACUAGUUGAGCCCUUUGGGCUGACCCAGCAGGCCUGUUGGGUUCUUAAAACAGAUUUUGAUUUUUAAAACAGCAACUUUAUCCUUCGUGGUUCCUCUGGCAUUUUGUUGCCUUGGGGUUGUGUCCUGAAAACGCAGCGUGCAAUUAAAUCACCUCUCUCGCUAAGGCAGCCUAGCCACUGUCAGGUCCAUUGCCCUGGGAGAAGUGUGCUAUAUCCUGAGUAGAAUCAUAGAAUCAUAGAGUUGGAAGAGACCACAAGGGCCAUCGAGUCCAACCAGUACUUUUGCAAAGCUAAGCAGCAUCUGUUGUGGUUUCACACUGGAUGGGGGAUGGAGUGUUGAGAUUCCUGCAUUGCAGCAGGGUAGAUGGGGUGAAUGACCCAUGGAGUCCCUUCCAACUCUACGAUUCUGUUCUAUUUAUUUCUUGUGUUACUUAGCCAGAGUAGUCUUCCAUUAUAUAUUGGAAGGCAGAACUACAAGUAAGCUCUGUGUUAUGAUACGCGAGGAACUGAGGGGCUGUGUCAGGUGGUUUGCAGAUAAGAGCUGCCAGAUUGAAAGCUUGUUUUCCUAGGCACAAUAAUUAGCGAUGGAGAAUUCCUGUGGUCUAGCGGUGAUGCAGCAUGCGAGUCAGGAGAUCUCAGUUCUGUGGCUCAUUGGAUCUGCCUCUGACACGCACCAGGGCUUUGAAUCCCUUGCUAACUCCCACCCGUUCUGCCCUUGUGAUGGGCACUGAAUUGCAAAACAAUGUAGAGUCGUAAGAGCAUGCUUACUUUGAUUUCAUGUAUUUAUUUGGAGCUUUUGUACCCUGCGCUUUAGCCAGAAAGGUUCCCAGGGUAGCUUUCAUACAAUAAGUUAAAACGUGAUAGUCCCUGCCAUUAGGGUUACUAUCUUAAAAAAAAAGACACACAAGGAAAAAGGGAUGGGGAGGGAAGAGGAAAGAGGAAAGAAUCAAACCCGAGCGCCAGUUCUUAAACAGUCUUUAACAAUUGUGCAUGUUUAGAACCCUUCUCUUGCUCCAAACAGUCUAGAGAGAGAUAGCUGAGUCAGUACAGCAUGAGACUAAACUAAACUCACACUAAACUCUUAAUAUCAAUUGGAAAGUAUGAUUUUGUGCGGUGGUACCUCGGGUUAAGUACUUAAUUCGUUCCGGAGGUCCGUUCUUAACCUGAAACUGUUCUUAACCUGAAGCACCACUUUAGCUAAUGGAGCCUCCUGCUGCUGCCGCGCCACCGAUGCACAAUUUCUGUUCUCAUCCUGAAGCAAAGUUCUUAACCUGAGGUACUAUUUCUGUGUUAGCGGAGUCUGUAACCUGAAGUGUAUGUUACCUGAAGCAUAUGUAACCCGAGGUACCACUGUAUUAAAUUUCUAACCUUUUGAAACUUACAAUUUCUUUUCUUUUUUUAAUAAUCUCUUAAUUGAGUCAUGGGUUUGAGUUUGAGUCAUGGAUUCGAGCACCACAUUGGCCAAAAAUAUUCCUGCAUUGCAGGGGGUUGGACUAAAUGACCCUUACGGUUCCUUCCAGCUCUACUUGGUUUUUUUGACAUCAGAUGGUGGAGCAGCCAUCACAGAUCAAAUAAAGCAGGAAGAGAACUGUUCUGCAAUGUCUCCCACAAUCAUCAUCAGAGCAUUUCCCACUGAAGGCAAGUUGAGACCUACUUCAGUUGAGUGCUGAAAUGUGAUGUACUGGAAUAAAGUAGGAAGCUGUGUUUAUACUGGGCCCAGGCCAUUAAUCCAGCUAGCUUUGUAUUGUCUAUGCCAGUGUUUCUCAGACAGUGGGCUGGACCCAGCAGUGGGCUGUGGACCAGUUUCAGGUGCUGCUGGCUGCCCGUUGCCUCCUUGCUUAUCUGCCAUAGCCCUUAGAGAUGUGACGAAAGCCUUUUGGCUGGACCAAUUCCAACACCAGCAACAUAUUGUAUGCUGAGUGAAGGUGGCAGGGAGGCUGGGAAGUUCUGGAAGAAGGGAAUGGAAGUUUUCCUUUUCUGAGGGGUGAUGGCUGUGCAAUCAAAAAGUCAGGUGAAAGGUUGAUAAUAAGCAAUGACAAACCUAGACAGCAUCUUAAAAAGCAGAGACAUCACCUUGCCAACAAAGGUCCGUAUAGUUAAAGCUAUGGUUUUCCUAAUAGUGAUGUAUGGUAGUGAGAGCUGGACCAUAAAGAAGGCUGAUCGCCGAAGAAUUGAUGCUUUUGAAUUAUGGUGCUGGAGGAGACUCUUGAGAGUCCCAUGGACUGCAAGAAGAUCAAACCUAUCCAUUCUUAAGGAAAUCAGCUCUGAGUGCUCACUGGAAGGACAGAUCCUGAAGCUGAGGCUCCAAUACUUUGUCCACAACAUGAGAAGAGAAGACUCCCUGGAAAAGUCCAUGAUGUUGGGAAAGAUGGAGGGCACAAGGAGAAGGGGAUGACAGAGGACGAGAUGGUUGGAUAGUGUUCUCGAAGCUACCAGAAUGAGUUUGACCAAACAGCAGGAGGCAGUGGAAGACAGGAGUGCCUGGCGUGCUCUGGUCCAUGGAGUCAUGAAGAGUCGGACACGACUAAACAACUAAACAACAACUUUUAAAGCCAUCCAAGUUGAUGGCCAUCACUGUGUGAAGUACUUUAUCUUUCAUGAGCUUUCCAGCAGUCAACAUCAUUCGAUGUCCCAGAGUUAUAAGAGAGGGAGUAAAACUUCUCUCUAUCCAAUUCCUCCAUGCUGUGCAUUCUUUUAUAAACAGCUAUCACGUUGCCUCUUACUCUCCUUUUUCUCUAAACCAAAAAGCCCCCAAAGCUGCAACUGAGAAUAGAAAGGAAGGAGAUAAGAGAAGAAUGUGGCUAAAAGGAGGAAGAAGUGAGUGUCAAAGGACCAGGGAGGACGGAUGGAGGAAGCUGGCAGUUUGGGCGGGGAGGAGAUAAAAAGUACAGGUUGUGUGUGAAAGGAGAAGAAAUCACUGGAGAUUUAGAAAAAAUGCUUUGAGGGGCACAUGGGUGCAGAAAGGGGCGGAUACAAAAGAAAAUGUAUUCUCUGCUUUGAGCCUCAGGAUCAUAAAAUCCUUCCUAAUCAAUUCUGCUGAGUCACAAUAUCUCCAAAGCAGGUGUCUGUGCUUUUCUUGUAGAAAACUAAGGAGCAACAGUGAUCUGCUUAGGGCAGCCUUUCUCAAUCUUGAGGUGUUGUUGGACUACAACUCCCAUCAUCCCUAGUUAGCAGGUCUGGGAUGGUGGGCUUUGUAGUCCAACAACAUCUGGGGACCCAACGUUGAAAAAGGCUGGCCCUUAGGGCACACUGACCCACAACCACCGGAAGUUAGGCAUAUUGUUCUCAGCUGCCUUGAGGACAUUACUGUAUGAGGGAAAAUGUAUAACAUCCCUUCAUGUGAUCUACAGGGGCUUGAAAAAUACAGGGCUUUAUGUUUCUUUAGUUGCAUCCUUGCUGGUGGGGAGGUAGUUGUAAAAUUACGUCAGUGGCUUUUGUGCUGAUAAGGCAGGGUGUGGUGUGCAUUUAGAAUCAAAUAUUUACUUUUAGAUUGUUACUUUGGCAAUGGGUUUGCUUAAAGGGCUGCUAUCGCUGGCUUAAAUGAUUGUGUCAACAAGUCCUGAUAAUUUACUGAAUCUGCACCUCCCAAGUAUACGGCCUCUGAGAGUUUAGUCUCUACACAAAUAGCAAAUGAGUUGGUGAAACUUUUCCUGGGUUUGACAGUUUCAGAUUUUGCAGAAAGGGUGUGUGUCAGAUGUUUGAAUACCUUCCCCUAGUCCUUUAGGUAGCUCCCCAGAUAUUUAAGGAUCUCAGAGGGUCAAUGCCAGCACUGUUAAUUGAAUUUGGAAAAUAAUGGGCACCCAGUGAAGCUGAAAACUUUGUGGAGCGAUGGCCAGCUUUCUUCUUUGCUGUAUUCUGUACCAGCUGCAAGCUCUGAACUUUCUUUAAAGACAGCUCCAUGGUCCAGGAUCAUUGCAAUAGCCCCACCACCCAGAUAUUUUUGAGACUACAAUUCCCAUCAUCCCUGACCACUGGUCCUGUUAGCUAGGGAUGAUGGGAAUUGUAAUCCCAAAACAUCUGGAGGGCCGAGUUUGCCUAUGCCUGCCGUAGCCUGUUUCUUUGAUAAACAGGGUUAACACAGGACAAGUAGCCUAAUGGCUACUUCUUGUGUUUCCAAUUAAGCUGUCUAAAAUGAGAUUUAAACCCUGCACUUUUAAACACAAGCAGUAAGCUGAUUCUUCUGUCUGCUAACCCACAUAUGUGGGUCUGUAGGAAGAUAAAAUAUAGUUCAUUAUGUUCCCUCACCUACCUAAUAAAGCCCUUCAAGCACUAACCUCAGUGCUUUUACUAGCUUUUACACAGGAUUAAAAUCACUCUUCAUUAUUGCUCUGAUCCCAUAAUUAACCAGCCCUUCCUCAAUGAUGCUAUUUGCAUUUUUUAAAAUAAAAAAACCAGCCCCUCCCCUUUGGUACUUAAUGCCGCAAGCAGUUUGGCUCUGAGUGACUCAUCCUUGAGUUGACUACCUGCACUGCACCCUCUUGUUAGUCAGCAAGAGAACCUGGAGCCAAAGGAAGUGAAUCAGGCAUUUUCAGAUUCAUUAUUACCCAAAUCAGUGCCUUUCUCUUGAAAGCAAUUCAGACUGUCCUAGUGGCAUUCUCAAACCAAGAAAAUACCGUAUUAUUCCGUCUAUAAGACGCCCCCAAUGUAUAAGACGCCCCCUAUUUUGGGGGGCUCAGAUUUAAGAAAAGGGGGGGGGAUGUAUCCGCGUAUAAGACGCCCCCUAAUUUUUGGCAUUAUUUUUUAGGUGGGAAACCUUGUCUUAUACACGGGAAAAUACGGUAAUCCGCUUGGAUAGCUCAGUUGGUUAGAGCCUGGUGCUGAUAAUGCCAGGGUUGCAGGUUUGAUUCCCAGCUGCAUAUUCCUGCAUUGCAGGGGGGUUGGUUUAUAUGAUCCUCAGGGUCUCUUCCAACUCUGCAGUUCUAUGACUCUCUGAAAAAUCAAGAUUUUGAACUUCUUCUGUUCCCCAUCCCCCUCACCACACACACAUUGGCUGUUAAGUUGUGGGUGAACAUAUCAGAUGACACAGUGAUUCUUUAAACAGCUCUUGUUUAUUCACAGGCCAGAACAGAACUGAACUGAAGGGUUCAGGCAGCCUGCUUAUAUAGAGCUCAACUGCAAAACAACAGUAACCAUUUUCUGUAACUAUGCAAUCACUGAACGUCACCUUAUUUGCAUAUGUGGACCUGAGUGAAAACUAUCUACAGUAUCCCCCUGCUGGCCCAGGGUGAAAACUUCAGUACAUAACAUUGCCCCCCGCCCCAGUUCAUAACCCUUGCAGGGGGAAAAAAAGGUUGCAAUUGCAGGAAUAGGGUGGGCCCUGAAUACAGCGCAUCUCAGGGGUCAAAGGCCAGGGUAAAGAGGUUUUAUAUGCUCUGUGCCGUUGUAAAAAAGAAUAUAGAUCUACUGGUGUUUUUAUGAUGUGGUGUCCUCGCGCUCCAUAAAAGCAACCAUUGAUUAAAAGAAACAGUGACGCAGGAGAAAGCUAAACGGUUAGGAAUCCCUUUCUGUGUUGGAUACUUAAAGCCCCUAGACUAGAAUAACAAAGGAAGACAAGUCAUGUGUUACAGAAGCUGGAAUUCCAGCUCCCUUAUGACCAGUCAUGUUGAUUCAAAGUGGUGCUUCAUAACCGCAAGUGAGGAGGGCUGGGCAGGCUUGAGAGAGUACAUACAUUUGAAAGGUCACUCCCAAGUAUUGCUAUGAGUUUGUGGGUGCCUAGAAACCUCCUCAAUUCCUGCGUUCCAGAUCCUCCCCCUAAAUUUCUGGGUCUCGGAGUUUAAUCAAUGCUUGGAGCAUUGAGAUGGGCUGCCAUACGCUGAAUUUAGCAGUGUCGAAACACAGGCCAAACCUGUUUUUUCCAUGCUCAUGAAAUUUCAUGGGAGAAGAGCCAUUGUGGAGAACGAAAGGAAGGUAAUGAGCGAUUAACAAAGCGGAUGCUCUGUGGCGGGUGGCAGAUGGGUAUCAGCCCCUUCUUCCACUGUGAGACAGCAGAGAAAAAGUCUUAAACACAGCAAGCUGAGCCUCUGCAUAAUAAUAAUAAUAAUAAUAAUAAUAAUAAUAAUAAUAAUUAUUAAUGUGUACCCCGCCCAUCUGGCUGGGCUUCCCCAGUCACUCUGGGCGGCUUCCAACAAAAUAUUAAAAUACAGUAAUGCAUCAAACAUUAAAAGCUUCCCUAAACAGGGCUGCCUUCAGAUGUCUUCUAAAAGUCUGGUAGUUCUCUUUGACAUCUGGUGGGAGGGCGUUCCACAGGGCGGGUGCCACUACCGAGAAGGCCCUCUUCCUGGUUCCCUGUAACUUGGCUUCUCGCAGUGAGGGAACCACCAGAAGGCCCUUGGAGCUGGACCUCAGUGUCCGGGCAGAACGAUGGGGGUGGAGACGCUCCUUCAGAUAUGCUUCAUUUCUUUUUGGAUCCAAGGUGGUAGCAGUCGGAGGAGCAGGACCAUCUUGGGGUGCAAUGCUCUGAGCAGAGAGGCUCAGGUUGUAUACAUGUGUAAAUAAACUGUACAUCAUAAAGACACCACACAGGAAUGUGUACCAAAAAUGCAUAUAUUGCGGCACAGUGUGCAUAGCAAUGCAUGUAUUCCUGGAAAGAAAAUACAAAGAUGCGUCAUACUGUUGCUUUGCAAAAAAAUGUGUUGUGUUAAGCAAAAUUGCCUCUUGAGAUCCUUUAAUGGGGAACAUCUGUUAGUUCCAUACAUCCCCGAAUUGCAAUUGGCCUUCUCUUGGGGACUGUUUCCCCUGUCCUGUGGAGAUCCCUGCCAGUAGAGGUUCGGCAAGAACUAUCCCUCCCUUCUUCUAGAUGUCUUUUGAAAACUAUAUUGUCUAUGCAGGCCUUCACUAUAUAAGUUUCCUCUUUUUACUCAUUCAGUAUGUAUUCAGUUUUAUUAAUGUUUUCAUGGAUGCUUUCUGCUGAUUUUAUUCUGGUUAUGUUGAUUUUAAUCUGGUUAUGUUGUAUGCUGCCUACGUACAUUGGUGUGUGUGUUUUUUAAAAAAAUGAAAGUGUACAGUCAUACCUCGGGUUGAAGUAGCUUCAAGUUAAAUAUUUUCGGGUUGCGCUCCGCGGCGACCUGGAUGUAAUGAUGGAGUGCGUUACUUCCGGGUUUCGCUGUUCGUGCAUGCGCAGAUGCUCAAAAUGAUGUCACGCGUAUGCGCGGAAGCGGCGAAAUGCGACCCGCAGACGCACAGUCGUGUCUUACAUUUACUUCAGGAUGUGAACGGGGCUCCGGAACGGAUCUCGUUCGUAUCCAGAGGUACCACUGUAUAUUAUAAAUACAUAAAUAAAUAAAAGAUGUAUAUCGGUACUAAAAUGUUGAUGAAUUUUCAUAUGGGCUUUAAAAACCACCACCACAAUCUGAUGAGAAGAAAAUUACCUAUACCUAAGAUAAAGAAUUGUGUGUGUUCCUUGUCUGGUCAGAUAGCUUCCAAGACAGUAUGGUCAAGCUUCCUUCGCUGCAAGGCAUGUGUAAUAAUCUUUCCACCCCUUCCUCCUCACCCCCCCCCCAGGCAUUUAAGUGAAAAAGUUAAAGAUGAGAUCCAAGUUAAGAACAUGAGCGGGCAGUGGUUUUACGAAGCCAAGUCCAAGAGGCAUAGAGAGAAAAUUCACGGAGCAGACAUCAUUCGGGCGUCCAUGAGGAGGAAGCCGUUUCCAACAGGUAUGCAGUGUUGACUUUAAAAAUAAUAAAAAUAGUAGAGCUGUUUUGAAGUGAAGAAAGGUGCUUGGGUCUCUGUGUAGAGCUUCAAUCAAGAACAAAAUAUAGACUCACAGAAUUGCACAGGAUGUUGGACGCCAUUUUGUCUAAUCAUCUUAACUGCCUUAUGAUUUCUUUAAAAUGUGAAGCUUAUAUUAGGGUGGUGUUUUUUUUUUUUUUAAUCUAAUUAAUAUAUAGUUGACUGAGAUCCUAACUGAGAAUUACUUUCCAGUCGGAAAGAAGCAGAAGUCCCGGCAAGCAAGGUUGGGAUAGCUCGGAUAGCAGGCUUGUUGGUUUUGAAUGUCUUACAUAGAUCCCCCCCCCCCCAAUUUCGUUGUUCUGUAUGGGACAGUGACAAUAAAGAUUAUUGUAUUGUUGGGUCUGCUAACCAAUCAGUACCCAACAGGGGGAAUGGAUACUAAGUCUUAUGGAAUAUAGAGAAAUGGCGGAACUUCCCGGAAGAGUAAGAAAUCAAGAUAACAAACUAUUUAUAAAAGAAUGGAAAUGGUUUAUUGAAUAUUUACAGAUAAAUUGCAAACAGAUAAAAACAUUGGCAGGAUUAUUGUAAUAACCUGCAGCUUCAUAAGAGUAUGUAUUUAAAGUAGAUAAUUCAAUGAGCAAAUUAAAUGAAUUUGGAUAUGCAGAAGAUAUUAAAAAAUAAAUUUAAGGAACCGCACAAAGAGGGGGAAGGAAGUCAAAUGUUGAAAUGUUAAAAUGAUUGUAAAAUUAAUGAACUGUAUAAAUUUGAAAAGUAUACAUAAAAAGCUUUUUUUUUUUUUUAAAAAAAGUGUUUCUUCCCAGAGUUGUCAACAUGGUACCUGUGGGGCACAUCUGCAGAGGCCUUCUCUGGUGGCCACAGCCUUCAAGCCUCCCUGCUGUAAUUAGGCUUGAAGGAAGCAUUAUCUAAUAUCCAGUAAAAUAGGUUGCUGCAUGUGUCUGGUGACAGGCUGUAUUUGUGGGCCCAAAAACGUUGUUUAUCCUCUAUUGAAUCUCUACCCCACCCUUCCUCCCAAAGGAAACCAGGGAGGCAAACAUCAAAAUGUCAGAACACCACAAUUUAAAAUAAAAUAAAAAAAAUAUUAAAAUGUUGAAAAACGAUUUGAAGCGUUCUAAAAACAAAUUAAAAAAUCAUAUACCUGCACAGUUAUUGGCAACCUUUGUUUUACUUGAAACUCUUUCACCUUUCAUUAUUACUUUAUUACUUUAUUUAAUUAUUACUUAAUUAUUUCAUUAUUUUGAUCAAAUGACCGUCAAGGUAGCUUAUGGCAGACAACAAGAGUACAGUGGUACCUCAGGUUACAGACGCUUCAGGUUACAGACUCCGCUAACCCAGAAAUAUUACCUCGGGUUAAGAACUUUGCUUCAGGAUGAGAACAGAAAUUGUGCUGUGGCGGCGCAGCAGCAGUAGGAGGCCCCAUUAGCUAAAGUGGUACCUCAGGUUAAGAACAGUUUCAGGUUAAGAACGGACCUCCAGAACGAAUCAAGUUCUUAACCCGAGGUACCACUGUACAUAGAUUUUCUUACGACCCACCCUGUUUCUAUGAUUAUUGGUUGUUCUAAACUUUUUCAGUUGUCAUGAGCUGCCCUGGGACCUUCGGAUGAACGGCAGUUAACUGAGCACUAUACAAAAUCCACACACACACACACACACACACACACACUCCAAGCCCACCCAAACUAAUAAUAACCAUUUUAUUAUAUAUAUAUCCCGCCCAUCCGGCUGGGUUUCCCCAGCCUCUCUGGGCGGCUUACAGCAUACCUAAAAAAAUAAUAAAAACAUCAGCAUUAAAAGCCUCCCGGUACAGGGCUGCCUUCAGAUGCCUUCUAAAAGUUAUGGAAUCCUUUAUCUCCUUGACAUCUGAAGGGAGGGCGUUCCACAGGGAGGGUGCCACUACCGAGAAGUCCCUCUGCGGACUGUAGCUCCUUGGCUGAUGGAUCAGGUCAAGGGAUGCUUCCCUGCAGCACGCUCGACAAACCCGGUGCAAAAUGGCAGUUGGGGUCCAGUGUUCUUUCUGGAAGGGAGGGAGGGAGGAAGGAAGCACUUUGUAGCUCCAUUCUCUGGCCGACGGAUGGAUGGAGUCCGGAUUAUCUCCCCACCCCCCUUGCUUCAAUGUUCUUCCUGAGAGGCCAGGGGAGCAGCCGCUCUGUGGCUCUUGAUUCCCCGGCUGACGGCAGAGGUUCCAAGUAUCUCAAAAUGCUUAUUUGCAGCACCACGUAGACUUAUUUAGGGAAGUCAUUGCCUCAGGCGGUGAUGGCAGCCAUUUUUUAAAAUACACUAGGCCAGUUCAUGGAGAUGAGCCCUUGUGAAAGACAUGUUUAGCCAUGGCUCCUCCUGCCCCAAUGCUCCAAUACAGUACGCCGUUUUGCUUGGCUGCUGUAGAAAGUGGAUUUCAAUUACCCUUCAGCAAGGCUCUUCUUGUUUUUAGAUGUCUGGAAAUUCAAAGGUGCUGUUGUGCUUGUGGGAAUGACUUGCGUUGAGGGUCUAAGGUCUACUUAAUGUGGAUUUCUAUGACAUUUGUAACUCUUUCAUGAAACCCAUUUAGCAUAAUAGGGUUUGUUCCAAUGCCUUGUGCUUGUAAAGCAUAUUUCGCAUGUUAAAAAAUAGACCAGUUGUUUAAAAACCCCAGGAGUUACAAAACUAUGGAAAUGCCUUUUAAGACUUAGAAUCUUGAAUAGGCUGGAAGGUGGGUACUUAAUUGCGUGCCAAUUUAAAAGCUCCUAGGUAUCCGUAGUUUUGAGCAUUUACAGAGAAAAUGCAAGAUAACCUUUCCCCUGUUUGUUUCAGCAGAACUGAGUCAAAGUAAGUCAGACAAGAUAAAGAGCAGCUGGGUGAACAAUGUCAAUAAAGAAGUUUUCACGCCUCCAGAAUUGCUGGGUGCCAUAAAAGAGGCAGAGGUGGAAUCGAAAUCUGAUGAAAGGUUAGACACUCAGAGAAACGUGUUGAUAACUUUGUUGUUAUUGUUGUUGUUGUAUAAACCAGUUGGUCAGCUGAACUGAUUCAGAAAACGCAGCCUUCAGCAUUGUGACUUAAUUAACUGUAUGUUUUAACCUUACCUACAGAAUAAUUUUCGGUGUGUCUCAGGGAACCUAGUUGGGUGACGUAAAUAGUUGUUGUCGUGAUAUAUCAGUAUUGUUCAGCGAAUAGAAUUGUGUUGUGGGGGCUAUUAUAGUUGCCUCUGAUGGCUUGCUUCUAAAAGACGGAAUCUAUUUGGGAGAAUAUCAGAAAGCAAAAUACUGUAGUCAGAAACCGUGUUGUCUCGAUGCUAAUAGCGAGUAUCAGCAUCAUUUGGUAAACCUACAACGGCCCCUUUAUAUUCCUAUUGUAGGUAUUCAUUUUUUAGUGGCCUGUUAGAAUUAUUUGUUAUAUGUGGCAUGAUGGGUAAUGCCUCGUCGGUUCACACACUGAACAGUUCCCCCCUCCCCUUUUUAUUAGAGCAAAUGUUAGCCCCAUCCACACCUAUAGACAUUCUGGGUUAGAAAGGAAUGUGCCUCAGAUGUGAACUGCAAUAAAUGAAAAUCGCCCUUGUUUAAAGUGAGGGAAGGGCUGUCAAUUUCAUGAACUGUUCCUUUUCUCCAGAGUAGUAUUUACCUACCUUUUUGUGGGUGGGAAGAGAGAAGUGUACUUUAAGUGAGAAGUCCUUUAGGUGUGUCGCACAAAGAUGACGAUGGAAAUUCAUGUUGCUGAAAGUGUUGUUGUUACUAUUUUGAAGGGUGUGAGUGACCUGAGGCCCCCUUCUCUUCCAGACUUUCAUAGUACACAGCAACCCAAGCUGGUCAGAUGGAAGCAAUCAGAGCAGUUGUUUCUUGUAUGGUUUUCCUCCUGGUUGGUUCCCUAUCUACAACCAGGCCUGCUUCCCAUCUCCUACAUCAUCCUAAAUGAAACUUCAAGGACUGUCCCCUUAUGGUAGUCAAGCUUGGAGAUGGCAGAGGCGUGGAAGAAAGGUGUUUGGCUCCAUCUGUCAACUGUGGCGGAGUUUUCCUGGGUGCAGCUGUCAAAUUGUACAAUAAGCCAAAGUAAAUACCACUUGCCAGGAUAAAUGUAGGAAAAGAUCAGAAGUGUUAGGGUGGAGGUUAAUUAAAGUAACUAUAAUGGAUAUUCAGAAAAAGAGUUGUCUGCUCAUAGACUCAGAGAGUUGGAAAGGACUCCGAGGUUCCAACCCCCUGCAAUGUGGUAAUCUCAACAUGUGGUCCCCCAUCCAAUUUGCAACCAUACCAGACCCUGCUUAGCUUUGCAAAUGCGUUAGCAAUUUUAUCACUGCACCACUAGGACAGCCCAAAACAAGUUGAUACAGCUGGUUCCCAUAAAUUUGACUUCUGCACCUUUUGGAUUUACUUUGCUUCCCGUUCUGUGGUGCUUCCUUUUGUGGGUGUUUGUGCUAAGAUGAUUCAGAAACCGCACCUAGACUGCAGGCAUGUUACCUCCUUUGCAAACACAGUCACUUCUCAAGUGGAUACUUAUAUCUGGUUAGGAGGGUUUGACAGCCAUCUUUGGCUUUAGGAAGACAGGGUGGGGGGCUGCCUUUCACGUAGCCAUGACUCCAUCUAGCUCAGUAUUAUCAGUGGAGUAGUGGAACUGCUCUCCAGGGUUUUGGAUGGUCCCUGGGGCCUUCUGUGUAUAAGGUAUGUGAGCUAUCGCUGAGGCAAGGCCCUGUGUAUUGUUCUGCAACCAUGCUCUGUUCACCGAAUCUUAGAAUUGUAGAGUUGGAAGGGACUGCAAAAGUCGUCUAUUCCACCCUCCUACAAUGCAGGAAUUACAGCUAAAGAAUCCCUUUAGCCAACCGUUGCUUUAAAACCUCCAGGAAAGGUCCACAUGACCUUCCAUUCCACUGUCAAACUGCUCUUACCAUCAGAAAGUUCUUCCCAAUGUUUAGCCGGAAUCUCCUUCCUUGCAUUUGAAUCAACUGGUUCGGGUCCUACCCUCUGGAGCAACAGAAAGCAAGCUUUCUCCAUCUUCCAUGUAACAGCCCUUCACACAUUGUGUUUCUGUCUCUUUCGCUUAGAGCUCUGGGUACUUACAUGGAAAAUGGGGGCAGGAGGCAGUGCUGCUUUGUCUUGCAAAGUUUUGUGUGUGAAUGUUCAGAAUCACUGCUUCAUGUAGACAUAACACAACCCUGCACUGCCUCAGCACAGGAGCCCUGCCUUGCUCAGUAAUGUGUAGAAAAAGUGAGAUCUUUUAAAUGUAGAGGUAGUAGACUUUCAUAUGGAGAUGGUUGGAAUUUCUCUGCAAUUCUUGACUCGCAACCUCGCAAACACUUUUUGCAAAUGAUGAAUCAGAUUGCCUUCCGUUAAAGCCUUUCUGAUUCCUCAUUUAUGCAUGAAGUGAGAGAGGGUGGAGAUUUGAUUAAAUACAUUGUGGGUGGGAUAACUUGAGGGUCUGUGCACCCAGCUCCAAGGUCAUAAUGGCUGAAACUAAAAUAGUUACAGAUGCCUAGAGUUCUUUGCAUGGGAGCCUUGAUAUUUAAACUAAUUUCAGUGUGUGGCAUAGCAGCCUCCAAGUAAUGGGCUGGUUCUUCUUUUACUUUACAGCCCCAAAGUGUUCAGUGCAGCCUCUGACGCAUUAGAGACGCCUCAAGAAAAAACAAGGAAGUUAGCUGCCUCACCGUCUAAGGUGAGUUCAUUGUCAGCGUCCUGGAUGGAAGACAAUGAGAAAACAAUACGGGCGCCAUGAUCUCUGUGUUAUUGCCAAAGGAAUUAAGUACAUCAGGGGUAGGGAACCUCCCCUCACACCGCCCAGUGACCCGCCAGAUCUUAAAUUGCCAGGCCAAAUUUGACAGGUGGGUGGGCUACCUGCCUGCCAGCUGACAUCACAGUGGCGUCAGGUGAUGAGCCUCUUUUGAAAGCAUGGCUUCAAAGAGGCUUGCUCCAGGAUUAUGAAGGGGUUCUCAAUGAAACCCUUGCCAAAGCACAUUUCCCACCCAAUUUUAACACAGGUUUCAGUGCAACCCCUUUCCUGAUCCUGGAGCAAUACAUGAUCCUACUACUCAUCAGUUGAUGGGAUCAGGCGGGGAGUGUACCUUCCUCCAACAAAUGAGCAAUUGGGAGUUCAUUUUAAGCAUCCUUUGAAACUAUAUCGGUAUUCCCUCCCCCCCAUAAAAUUACUUUGACAUGAAUUGCAUAGAGAGUAGUGGAGCAACCAACCUUUGGAGCUGAAAUGUGGACUGCAGCUAUGGUCAAACCUGAGCAACAGUCACAGGCUGUAGCCUGGAAGUUCUGGUUAGACUGGAGAUAUUGGACAUGUUCCCACACACUUUGGUAUUUAUUGAAGUGGGAGGGCCUCACUAGCAUGCAAGCAAUGCAGUGAUCUGUAAAUGGUCAAAUAUAUCUCACUAUAAGAGUCCGUAUUUGUGUGUUCAGUAUUUGCUGUGCUUUGUUUUUUUAGCUGCCCGUUUGCAAAUUAUGGAUCUGGUCCCAUCGCUUGGUAGUGUGUGUGUGUUUAGGGAUUCCCUCGUCUUUUAAAAAGCAGCAAGCUUUUUUUGUCCUCAUUUUGGAACUCGGGUUGUACUUCUGGAACCCUUGGAUGAUAACCAUUUCCUCCCUCCUUUAAAAAAAAAAUUUAAUGGGUUUCCAUGAUUUCCACUUACAGGAAAAAUGCCCCCCUCAAGCCCCCUUUUAAUAAUAAUAAUAAUAAUAAUAAUAAUAAUAAUAAUAAUAAUAAUAAUUUAUUUAUACCCCGCCCAUCUGGCUGGGUUUCCCCAGCCACUCUGGGCAGCUUCAAACAAAACACUAAAAUACAAUAAUCUAUUAAACAUUAAAAGCUUCCCUAAACAAGGCUGCAAGUUCAGAUUUUUGUGUUGUUUUAGAUUUUUCAUAUCCCAGGGUCCAUGGAAGUCCCACUCACAGUACCUCAAGGUUCCUCAACAUGACCGUUUCCUGCUGCCACCCAUUUUCUUAGCAUCCUUUUAAAACCACAGGAAGAAAAAGACAGGUUUAUUCUUGGCUAAAUGGUAAGCAGGGAGAGCACUAAACCAUGUCUGGUUUUAGCCAAUGUGUGAAGCCAAAACUUGGGUUAACUCAGCACAGCAUUGGAGUAAAAAAAACCCUUCUCUGGAAGCCUGCACAUUCACCUGGUCCUGGUAAGCCAUAGUUUGUCUUACUGUGACCUGCAAAACAUGCUGUUACGUUUUCCAUUUUCCUUCCUUCCUUCCCAUGCUCUCUCUCCCUGCCACCCCCAGUAAUACUGUAGUGUUAAGCGGAACAUUCUUAUUUUGUUCUAGCUAAGGAAAAACCCAUUCAAUGAAUCAACUCUACUAGAAGAUCAUGCAAAAAAUGAGCAGCCUGAACAUGGAAUGGCGGUGGAGAAAGGUGAAGGUUUCUAAAUACAUAAUCUGUGUUGUUUCUGUGGAGACACUGAAAACAUGACCAAGUGUGACAAAAUACGUUUACAUUUUGGGUGUCGUGUUAAUGACUCCAUGUUCCCAAGGAAUUGUUAGGUUUCCCUUUUUUUGCAGUAUGCAGAAACCUGCAGUGUUAUGUACUGAAGUUCUCACCCUGGGCCAGCAGGGGGAUACUGUAGAUAGUUAUGCAAAUAAGGGAUAGAAAGUGACGUUCAGUGAUUGGAUACUUUUAGAAAGUUGUUACAGUAACGUUGUAAUGCAAGCAGGCUUCAGUUCAGUUCUGUUCUGGCCUGUGAAUAAACAAGAGCUGUUUGAAGAAUCGCUGUGUCGUCUGAUAUGUUCACCCACAACUUAACAUGCAGCAUGAAGUGGAACAGUUCUCAGUCUGCUACAUACGUAGAUCAGGCCCAAGUUAAAGCUUAAACUGGUCCUGCCUUGUUACGUUGCAUUUUUUUUUUUACUUUAACAAGCACGUUGAUGCAAUUCCUUCCCCAAGACACGCAAUAAUGCUUUUACUUAGUUGCAUGUCCCCCCCUUUUUUGCAACUAACGUGUGUCCCUUACAUGUAGUGUGUUUUACCCUUUGCUUUGUGUGCGCUUUGCAUCUUGUUUUGCAGACCUGCGUUCGGUAGAAAACCAGCCCAAGGUAGACGUAACAAACCACAGCAGGGUAGAGGAGCCUCAGCAGGCUCCUGCAGAACCGAACGACUUGCAGAGGCAGGCAGGGAAACCACCUGUGCCCAAAGCCAGGAGAAACAUCCACAAGACAUCAGACGUCAGCUUGAAGAGCGAAGAGCCCUUUCCCCAGACUCCGAAAAGGAUCAAGCAGGUUAACGGCCAGGGGUCUCUGCCCAGGGGCAUCUUGAAGCGCAGCUCCAGCUCCAGCUCCACCGAUUCCGAAGUGCUCCGCUUGAACCAAACCUUGGAGCCCUCCGGCAAAAGCGGAUUGCCAGCCCCGACCGUCCUUGAACGUGUUGCGGAGAAGAGCCCGCCUCCUCCAGGCGAAUCUGAAGAGUUCUCCGAAAACUCGUUGGAGAGGCUGAAGCAGGUCCGGUUCUCGUCCAGCGUCAGUAGGAAAGAGCGCGCGCCGAGCCUUGAGUUGCACGAGGGCAAGGAAUCCGGGGAGUUCGUUUUGUUGGACUCCGACUACGCCAAGGCCAAUGGGAACGGAGCGGGCGACCCAGGUGCGCUUCAGAGUCGGCAGACUCUCCCGUCUAAGCCUCCUCGCGCCCAUUCUCCAGCCUUAAACGGUAACGCCGAGAGCCAAGGAGAGGGAACGGCACUAGGUUCUCACGGUGCCAAGAGCUCGGGUCUGCCACCCAACACAUUGCAGCCUGAGAAACAUCCUGUUGCGGGACCUGCAAUUCCAAGUGAAUCGCCUAGCAAGACCCUCCCCUCAGUGAGGGAAGAACAAACCGAUACCACGAAGCCUCAGAUCAAAACUAAGCCGCCGAGCCUUGAACAGGACAUCUCGAAAAGCACACCUGGUAAGAAAUAAUAGCAUAUCCCAGUGAGUUAACAGUUUAGUGAGAUUUUCAGGCCCCCGUCUAGCCCUGUCUGCCAUUUGGAGGGAUCACUAAUGCUUUUACUAUCUUAACCCUGAUCAGUUCAAGUCCUAACCAUUUGCUUGUUUUCUCGCUUCCCAUCGCCACAUCCCGACACACUCGCUGAUCACUUUUCUUCAAGAUGCACUCCUUUGGCUGCUGUGCUGCCACUGAUUUGAAAUCAUAUCAGAGUUGGGGCGUGCAGGUUUUUAAGUCUUGACAGGGGCAAAGCUUGCAUUUUGUGUAAUUGGUAAGUAACUCUGUUUAAGGAGGAGGCUGAGGUUUCAUCUAGCUGUUUUUGUUGUUUAGAACAUGGGUAGGCAAACUAAGACUUGGGGGAUGGAUCUGGCCCAAACGCCUUCUAAAUCCAGCCCAUGGACGGCCUGGGAAUCAGUGUGUUUUCACAUGAGUAGAAUGUAUGCUUUUAUUUAAAAUGCAUCUCUGGGUUAUUUUUGGGGCACAGGAAUUCAUUCAUCCCCCCCCCCCGCAAAAAAUAUAGUCCGGCCCCCCACAAGGUCUGAGGGACAGUGGACCGGCCCCCUCCUGAAAAAGUUUGCUGACCCCUGGUUUAGAAAGUACAGCCAGAGUCCCCUCCCUCCACUUCCUGGUUAAGAACACAAGAGACCUGCUGGAUCAGACCAUUCCAGUCCAGCCUUUCCCAGUGACCAAUGAGAUCCCUGCGGAAAACCCUCGAGCAGAACAUGAAUAGAAUUGUAGAGCUGGAAGGGACCGUGAGGGUCACUGAGUCCAACCCCCGGCAAUCUAGGAAUCACGACUAAAAAGAGGGAGUUUUCCCUUGCUUGCAUAGUUUGCAGUUGAGGCAUCAGAUUAAAGCUCAUACAUUGCACCUUAUUCUCAAUAAUAACUAGUUCACAUUUAUUUAAAGCAUAUUACCAUCAUUGCUAACAUUUCAAAGAAAUUGAUUGCUUUUUUGGGGGGAAAGCUUGUAUUCCAGCUGGAACUGCAACCUUGAAUUGAUUAACUGAUUGGCUGAAAAUCUUUUCAAUCAGGCAGUAGAAUCCUUUUUAAACAAAUGCCUUUUUAAUUAUAAAUACAUCACAUGCCAGGCAACAUCUUAGAAGAGGCAUUUUAUCCCCACUCUCAUCCAGAAGGGAGUUGCCUCGGUGAAACUAGCUGCUGUGUCGCAAAUGCACUAUCUUCUGCUUAGUCGCAUGCUGAUUUUAUGCAGAUCUGGCCCAUUCAUUACAAUCAAUUUGAUUGACUGAGGCUUCUUUAAUUAGGCUGUUUCGCUACAACAACAACAAAAAUUGGUUGUCUCUUGCAGACCAGCAGCUGCCUAAAACAGAAGACCCUCAGGUGCCAAAAGUUGGCUCUGCAGACCUUGAACAAGGUAAGCAAGCUCUGGUUGAGGCUCCGAGUGCUAAAACUGUUUCCAAAUCUGACAAAUACACUGCUGAGAUCUUGAAGGCAGCCGAUGAGUCCAUAUCUAAGGUGCUCGACUGGUUUAAAAGAAGUUCCAGUGAUGAUGAAAAAGAGACGCUUCUGCAAGACGCAGGACUUGCAGAGGAAAUGGAUAUACCCAAGGCAAGAGAAUCUGUUGCAACUGCAAAAGAUAAAGGCUGCAGUUCAGAUAUGUUAAAUCUGCAUUCUUCUGUACGUGAAAGAGAAGAGCCAACCAGCAAGGACUAUCGAUUCCACGAAAUGGUAAACGUUCCGGGUGGGUCGCCGUUUACAAAGGAUGGAAGUCCAGGCAGCCUGUUACUAGAAGAUCAAAGCAAAACAGGGGAGGUUGCUUCCUCUCACUCCCAAAGGCAGGACAUUCAUUUAAAUGAGAGAACACGUUUUCAGGCCAUUGGCCAGCCUGCAAACGAGAGAGAUGAAAGGGCUGCGGGAGGCAAGGUUGAAACGGAGGACAACAGUGCUUUGUGCAAAGAACCGAAGAUGUUGGAAGAUGCAAAGGGAAAACCGGGUUUAAAAAGUGUUGGCUCUUCUUUCGGAAAAGUAACAGAAAGGGGAGAUGUUAUGCCCGAUAGGGAGGAAGGGGUUAAAGCUUUUUCGGAAGGAGCAGGCUCUGAGCAUCGAUCUGAAGAGCUGUUUAAUGAACCUAAAGGGAAAGAAUCUGGGCACCUAGAUGAGAAAACCAUGCAACACCCCAGUAGAGGGAAUCUCCUUACCUUACCUCAAGAUGAAUCCAAAGAAGCAGAGGUUCCAAGAAAUGUCAAGAAUAUCAGGGCUUUCUGGGAAAGAGAGGCGAUGAACCCAAAGCCUGCAAAUAAGGAAGGCCUAUUAAGUGAAAGCACUCCUGGGAGUAACCGGAUACCAAUCUAUAAAGAGGAACGCAGCAGAAUAAAACCAGUGGGUGGAUCCUCAGGAUAUGUUACUGGAGAAUCUGAUAACGAACAAGGCACAUAUAAUUUAGUAACCUUCAGAAAAGUUGAAAUUGGUGUGGAUGACUCGGGACCUGAUGAUAAUGGCAUUAAGUUGCCUUCAGGGAAAGUUCGAUCAAAUGUAAUGGAUAAAUCCAAAGGGGGCCGUAUUGUUGAUGAAUCUGGCAAAAUACCCCCAAGUGACCAGAGGACUAAUGCAUUUACAGAGUUGCUGGAUGCAAAUAAUUCGUGCCCAAGACCCAACGUGGUUCUCUCUAAAGAGGAUGGAGUUUUACAAGCUGACGGUUUGGAAACAGAGAGAGCUUCAUCUGCUCUGCACCAGAAGCCACACUUUAAGAUUCACGCUUUAAAGGAAAAAGCAGAUGAAGAGGCAAAGGCUCAGAUGCUCAAUCCUUCGCAGUUCAAAAGCCUGAGAAACUUUUGGGAUGGGGGUACUAAGCCGCAGAGCGAAAUGGAUGAAACCAAGGUGAAGGCGACUGUUCCAAGGGGCAGGCAAAGUAGUACAGGAAGGUAUCUGAAAGAGUUGGAAGAAGUUAGGGAAGGAACUAGCCAGGCGGUGUUGGAAGGUGAACAGCAAAAACCGAUCCUCCAAGGAUUUGACGUGAAGGAACAAAAUGUAUUGGAAGCAAACCGUGUUGUCCCAAAACAAGCAGGAGGGACAGCUCUCUCCCCAUCAGUGAAUGCUGUGCCAUUAGGAAAUGUAGAAUUUGCCCCUGCAGAGGGAAAGACUGUGCGUCCGGUGGAAGAGUAUAUAGAAAAAACAAAUGUUCCAUCCAAAGUACAGCACAGUCUGUUUAACAGUGGCGUGCAGAAACUGUUGAAAGAAGCAUUUCAGGAGUCCUUGCUGGCUUAUCCUCUGGCUGACAAGAAAGGGGUUCCACAGGUGGAGUUAGCAACAGAGGUGCAAGCAUCUUACAGUGACCAGAAUCAACAGCAGGGGCCUGUUUUUGCAAGUGCAGAUGGAAAAGUCUCUGAGGUUGCAGAGACUAUAAGCAGAACUUUGGUUCCACCAAAAGCUGACACCACUGCUUUUGUCACUAACUUAGAGAGGCUGCUAAAGGGCACCUCAGAUGAGAGCUCCUCACCUAGUCGUAAUAUAGUGGCAGAUGUUUCUGAACAAGCACGUUCUCCAUUGGAAAAGAGGCGUUUUUUUAAUAAGGUGAUGGAACGCAGCCGUGACACAGAUGAAAAAAAUAGCAGAGUGGAGUCCUGGGAAACAGAUGGAACAAUACAAAAAAAUGUCCCACCCAAGGAUAGACCCGUUGCAUUUAAAAAGCACUUGGGAGAUUCAUCUGGAUUAACAGAAGAUUCAGAUAUGGUGUCUGGAAAAUUUCCCAUCAGGGAAGAAGGCCAAAGGGAUCUAAAUGCUACUUCUCAGGAAGAAUUCUUCCAGAUUCCUUCGCCAAAACUGAUACUGCCUGACGCUCGUCUUGCCAGUCAGAACAGAGCAAACUCUCCCACGAAAGAGGUUUUCGAGACAGCGGCAGAAGCUAAUGUUCCAUCGAAACGGCAAGGCAACGAUUUGAAUGCCAAACUAGCCUUUCUUUUGAAGGAAUUGCCAAAAACACCCACAAAUGAGAGUAUUUUGAAAGCACAAAUUGACAGUGUCCCUGGGGGACUGCAGCAGAGGUCUUCUGAGCAGGCGACCAGAAAGAUCAUUCCUGUUUCACCCCAAAUGGCCAAUCCUCCUAAAGAGACUGAUGGUGGGACACUUGACCAAAGUUUAGAUAUGGACGAAGACAGUGGCAAGUUAUUGACUACAAUGCAGGGUGGGCCAGCAGGAGAGUCCACUGUGCUGUUGUCAUUUUCAAACCAGGAAAACAUAAGAGCUCAAGGGAAUGUUGGUGAGCAACCUAUGGAAGUGGCAGAGACGGUCGUGAAAACUGUUAAACCAAAUUCGGCCGAGCAUGUGGCAUUUAGAGACAGUUUAAGCAAACUGCUUAAGGAGAGCUCCGAAAUUUUGCUCAAAGACAUUGCAGUUCCUAAGCCAGCCCAUGGCUCAUUACAGCCCCAUCAGAACACAAGUUCAAUUUAUGAUAAAGAGAUAAUUGAGAUGAUUGGAAAAGCUACUGCUCCCUCCAAUUUCAGGCAAGCUGAACUCAGAGCCAACUUCCAAAAUCUGCUCCAGGAAGAUGCUGAAGUUCUUCCAAAAAGCCAGAAAGACUCAAGCAGUGUUCAUGGGGCACAAACAGAGAGUGAGUCUAAUCAGACUGUAGAUUUAGUUUGCCCGCAGGGAAUUGGCUAUGGUCAAGAGAUGAAUGAAACUGUAAACAAGGAAGUUGCCCCAUCCAAGUUGAAGCAAAGAGAAUUUAAUUCAGGCUUCCGGAAACUCCUUGAAAAAACUGCCCAGAUGCAACCUUCUGAAAUGGGAUGGUUGGAUAUCAGAAUGACGGAGAACCUCCAUGCUGCCCAUGGCUCAGAAAGCACGGCGGGCCUUCUUCCCCAAGAAGCAAAUGAAACUGUAACAAAAUCUGUUGCCCUAGAAAAAGACGGUUCUGUAUUCAAAUCCAGCUUAGAAAAACUUUUCGGAGAAAUCUCUGGUGCUGCUUUGCAUCUGUCCAGUGAAGAAGAGAAGAAAGUGACUGAUGAGUCAGGAUUUCAGGUAGCAGAGGGAGGUUUAGCCAUAAAAACGCAAACGUCUGUUGAGAGCGUGCCGAGCGACUUUCGAACCGAGGUUAAAAUACCGCUCAAGGGCAAGACUUUCAAGCAAGAUAACCAAACUGCAGACCGAGAAAAGUUUUCUGGCACCCCUGAAAGGAAUGCUGUUUUCCAAAAAACUAUUCAGCUUAACCUAGCAUCACCUGAAGCCCUGCUCCUGGGAAGAAGGGAAGAUUCUUUCACUCUUGCCAAGGCAGGUAAGAGGGAGGAGGAAUAUGAAAAAGGGGGAGAAGAUUCUACUACUGCCAGUGCCUAUCUUGAUGGUGGAAGUGAAAAAGAGGGUACGGAAGAGGGGAACCCCCCUAAAACAAGACAGGUUGAGCUGCUGCUUGCCACCCGUCACACUGAUGACAACGAAAAGGAUGAAGAUGCCAGGAGCGUUGAAUCCAACCUUUCAGAUGAAAGCCGCAAUUCUUUUGUGGGUUUCCAAAGAAGUUCAACUCGUGAGCAGUUUUUGAAUUAUUUGAUCUUAUCUCUGGGUGGUGUGUAUGCUUUAUGAAGAUUAACCCAAGGGGAAAAUAUUUUUAGUACAUUAAUAAAUCAAUAGUAGACAAUUAGCCCCCCAGUGUCAAAUAUUGGGUACCUUGUUCAAUCGGGGGUAUUGCUAGGUACCUAGAAGAUGCAGAGACACAUGACACAAAUAUGCCUCUGGCAAAUUGAGGUGGCAGGUGCCUGGUAUCCUGCUGGCACAGUGCUUUUCUGUGCACUCGGCCACCCUGUAAACAGAGUCCUAUGGUUUAAAAAGUGUGUUUUGGGCACCAGAUCCCUUUGCAGGUCUGGAGAACCUUUGACCUUCCAGAUGUUGCUGAGCUACAGCUCUCAUAGAAUCAUAGAAUCAUAGAAUCAUAGAAUCAUAGAAUCGUAGAGUUGGAAGAGACCACAAGGGCCAUCGAGUCCAACCCCCUGCCAAGCAGGAAACACCAUCAGAGCACUCCUGACAUAUGGUUGUCAAGCCUCUGCUUAAAGACCUCCAAAGAAGGAGACUCCACCACACUCCUUGGCAGCAAAUUCCACUGUCGAACAGCUCUGACUGUCAGGAAGUUCUUUCUAAUGUUUAGGUGGAAUCUUCUUUCUUGUAGUUUGGAUCCAUUGCUCCGUGUCCGCUUCUCUGGAGCAGCAGAAAACAACCUUUCUCCCUCCUCUAUGUGACAUCCUUUUAUAUCUUUGAACAUGGCUAUCAUAUCACCCCUUAACCUCCUCUUCUCCAGGCUAAACAUGCCCAGCUCCCUUAGCCGUUCCUCAUAAGGCAUCGUUUCCAGGCCUUUGACCAUUUUGGUUGCCCUCCUCUGGACACGUUCCAGCUCUCAUCAGCUCCACCUCCAGAAACCGUGACCAAUGGCCAGGGAGGAUGAGAGCUGCAGUUAAGUCACACCUAGAGAGCCAAAGGUUCUUCCACACCUGGUCUAGUGCAAUAAACCCAAGGGCACAUCCUAACAAUUUGCCUUUGCAUCGUUUCUCUAAGGUAGUUAUUCCCCCCCUUCUUGGGACUCAGAGUCUUUUCCAACCCUUCACCUUGGAUUAAAAGCAGGACAUACAUAAUGCUUUGCACAUUUGUGUAUUUUCCCAUUAUCUCCCAGAACAAUGGAUAGAUGUCCUCCUUGCAGCUGCACAAUAGGCUUGCUAACAUUUGCCUCUUAGAAUCCUGCCCUUCCCUUUACCAGUCAGUUGGGGCUCAGAAAGGGGGCUGUGCUCUCUAGUCAAUGGCAAACAUGGUACCCUCUAAAUCAGCGUUUCCCAAACUUGGACUACAGCUGUUUUUGGACUACAACUCCCAUCAUCUCAACUUGGACUACAGCUGUUUUUGGACUACAACUCCCAUCAUCUCAACUUGGACUACAGCUGUUUUUGGACUACAACUCCCAUCAUCUCUAGCUAGCAAGACCAGUGGUCAGGGAUGAUGGGGAUUGUAGUCCAAAAGCAGCUGGGGACCCAAGUUUGGGAAACACUGCUCUAGAUGUUGUUUUCCAGCUUCCAGCAGCCCCAGUCAGCAUGGCCCAGGGGUCAGGGAUAAUGGGAGUUGUAGUCCAGCAACAUCUGUCAGGCAGCAUGAUGGCUGCAUUUAUUUAUUUGAUUUAUUCGUUGCUUCACACAGAAGCAACUUAAAAAAAUAAAAUGAUGUGUGCUACAUAACGGCUUAAUCUUUCCAGUUCACACUUUAGCUCAGCCUUCUUGGUUCCCUGGAUAUUGUUGGACUAUAACCCCCAUCAUUGCCUCCCGUCAUGGCCGUCUAUCAGGAAUUAUAGGUGUUGUAGUCCACCUGUAUCUGAGGACCCAAGGUUGCCUUAGCCUUUUAGCUGAAACACCUGUGGGUUUCUACCCACCAAAGCUAUUUAUUUAUUUUCUUUAAAGGGCUAUGCUUGUUUAAGGUACAUGCCUGUGCGUUGUGCAGUGUUCAUGUGUUUUUGUCUUGAAACAGGUUCGGAAGAGGAACUAAACCCUGUAAAGGAGGCUUUGAAAAGAAGUUCAAAUAGGCAGAUCCCUUCCAAAAGUCUAGAGGACAUACCAUCAGCCACAUCAAGUGAGCAAAAAAACUUGUCUGACAUCUUCCAUACUCCUUGAAGGUUUUCUUAGAAUUCUUUUUCCCACCUGCCUCGUCGUUGUUAAGAAUUGCCUUUGGAAGGUCUAUGCAUCCCAAGCUACUUUUAUUUUUUUUAAGGGUUGUAUCCAAUGUAGCACCAAGUUAAAGUCACUUAAUGGUGUUCCUCUGGGGAAAUGUGCCGCACCAGCAUAACGUAGAUUGUGCAAGCACUGGCACUAACUAUAAGGGACCCUGGGCUUCCAGGCACCCACAAGAGCCUGCUCAGCACCCACACCAAACGGCCUGUGACGUGAUUCCGGUGCUUCACAAGGCCCCGGAAGUCAUGCUGAAGACCUUUCAGGGCCUUGGAAGUGGCAUACGAGGCCUCAUGGGGCCUCCAACACAACUUCGGGAGAAACCCUGCAAGGCCUCAGACGCAACUUUUGGGGCUCCUAGGUGCCCACAAAAUAACUGCCAUGUAGUCUGUGCUAGAAAGGAUGGCAUGGCUGCCUCAUUUUCUAAGGUGCAUUUCUUUACCCUAUAAUAUUUCAUAAGAAAAAGGCUUCUUCUGUGCGUUUGCUCCCGAGUUAGCAUCUUUCUUUUCCACCUCUAGAGGCCUAUGUUGAGAGCCCACAGCGACCUCCCUAAACAGCAGGAAUGUCUAACUAUGUCAACGUUUCCCCCCCUCUUGUGCAGAUAAAGGAAACCUCCCAAAGGAAGAUUUAAUGCUUAGUGCGGAAGAUGGUAACUAUUUUAUUUGUGCCUGCAUGAACGUAACCUGCUUCAGUAGUGUUUCUUCGUUCUUAGCAGCAAAAGACUUUUCUGCCUGCCAGGUUUUUAGAUAAGAGUAUUGCAUGAUUUAGACUCCUGCGUAAUGUUCAUCUGUGUGUCUAUAGUGCUGUUGGGGUGUAUGGGAGGGGUUGUGCCUCUGUUGGGGGACAUGCUGUUCUCCUUCUGGGGCAGUUUGUUCACCUUGGGUCCCCAGCCUGCACUCAGCUCUCACCUGUGGCUCCUAGAUGCUGUCAGCAUGCGACAGCGGCCACACCCCAGGAAAUGGCUUUGACUGGCCAGCUGAAACAGGUGAGGCCAGCCAAUGGGUCUCAAACCCAUGGUGAGUUAGGGACUUCCCCUGCUUGCGAAGACAGGCUCUGGCGGAUUGAGUGGACAAGACCAAUCGUGGCUCCAACAGUCAAGAAGGCAGUUUCUGCAUUCUGCAAUGCAGUAGGCAUAGAAUUUUGAAGCAAUGAUUGGGGGGGGAAAUAGCUGAGACGUCGCAUGCAAAGUGUCCAGUUCACCUGUGAUUAUAGCACAGCCAAUAGCGGCAUCGGAGUGUGACAGUAUUUAACGUUGCAAUUUUGACCAGAUCAAAAAGCAGAUCAGCCUGAUGAGAACGCUCCAGGAAGUGAGUAAUAAUGUCCCUUCCUGCACACAGUAGCUAAAACCUUUUGUGGCUUCACACUCUUUUGUUGCUGCUAAUAUUGGCUGACUAAUAAUACAUUUGGAGUUUGUUCUUGUUCUUGUUGUUGUUUUACUAAUGGCUUGUAUCUUGUAAAGCUACUUCUGCAGCAGGUCGUGCAUAUUUAGCGUUGGGUAUGUGUGUGUUCCAUUUGCUGUUUGUAACCAAAGUUGUAAUUCACGGACUUGCUGUGGAAUGGGAAGAUCCCUGAACAUUGAGCCUUUUAGAACCACCUCCUGGGAUUCUUGCAGCAUCAGAGCUUGAUAGUGAUACUGGAUGGGAAAGGGAAGGCCCAGUAAAGAAGAACUGGCAGCAUCAUGAAAAAGGCUCUUUAUAUUCCUGAAUAGCACAAUGCUCUAUCCAUAGCUAUAGGACCAGGGGGCAGAAGGACAGUCCCAUACAUCUUGCUAGGUGCAGGCAAAAUUUGUGCAUUUAAUUCAGCCCUCUAUCAAGAAUGGUUGGAUGGCCCUUUGUAUGCCUCCUUCCAUCAACUCCUGCAGCCAAGCUGUUGCCAAACAUCUUGCUUUCCUUUCCUUUGGACCACAUCAGUAAGGGUCUUGUCGUCUGGGCAGUCUAGGACCUCCAUACACACUGCCCAGGAUUGCGCCCAAGGGAGGUCACUUUGGUGCUGCUAACACAGCUGUUUAGCUUCACCCCCAGAGGCACAUUCCAUUUCCUCUUCAGACAGACAGAUGCCAACAACGAUACUGAGAACCCACGACUGUAGAUUUCCAAGUACUGACAUUUGAAAUACUAUCUGAAGUCAAAUAUCUGGGGAGCCAGUGCCACGUAGUGGACAACGUGCAAGAGGAAUCAAAUCAAUAAUUAGGUGGUGGUGGUGGGGAGUUAAUAUGUUAAGCAGGGGAAACCCUGCUCUACCAUAGAGUCAUAUCAGUUCCUGGCUAGAGAAAGAGUCGCUUCAGACAUCAUGAAGUAACAGGAGAUACUUGCACCUUCAUUUAGUGUCUUCGGGUAUCGUGUGGGAGGCUUUUUAAAAUAUACCCACAUCAGGAAAAAUAAUGUGCAAAACCUGCAGAUGUUGCAGAGUGCAUACACCAUUCAAUCCCAGCCAGCAUGGCCAAUGGGAGUUGUAGUCAAUCAACAUCUGGAGGCCAUUGUGCCCUGUAUAGGAUGGCUGGAGAUGUUGGAAGGGCAUGCACAGCUCUCGUCCGUGUCCUUCGUUGCAGCUUCCUUGUGAUAUGUGUUGCAACUCCUAGUAAGUGCAUCCUGCAUGUUGAAGUUUCUCAUGCAUGUCUUCUUCAUUUCCCCCCCUCCAAAAGCAAUAUAUGACUCGUCCCCGUCCCCCGUGGUAUUAGAAUCUAAUUAGCUUUCUAAACAAGAACUGCUGCUUUUUUCCAGUUUCCACAGCACCUUCUUUCCCUGAUAGCCAGUUCUCACAUCCGGAGAAAAUCAAAAGGAUGAGCAAAUCAGUCCCAACAUUUACGCAGGAGGAGGUAAGGGUUUUUGUUUGCUUGCUUGUCUUUUGCUCGUUUGAGAAAUGCAGAAUCUUGACUGCCUACUUUCAGGGAGUGUUGACUGGCUCAGGAGGAAUACUGCAGAGACUUGAGUCUUCUGACACUGUUACUUAGCUUGUUCCUGAGAGGUCAGGGUGGAGGAGUGAGUCUUGGGGAUUUCUGGCAGUGUAUCAAGCAAUGUCCUGAAUCAAGCAACGCAGCACCCCUCCAGAUGUUGUCAGCUGGAACUCCCAUCAUGCCUGACAAAUUGUUGCAAUGGCUGGGAAGCUAGGAAAGUGCCUUAUACUGAAUCAGUCUGUUGAUCCAUCUAGCUCAGGAAUAGCCAAUGCAUCACCUUCCAGAUCUUCUUGGACUACAGUUCCCAUCAGCCCCAGCCAACAUGACCAAUGGCCAGGGAUGAUGGGAGUUGUAGUCCAGCAAAUAUCUGGAGGACACCACAUUGGUUACCCCCUGGUCUACACUGGCUGGCAGUGGCUCUCUUCUCCAGCCUCACCUGGAUUGAACCCAGGGACCUUUGGCAAUCAAAGCAGAGGCUACGGCUCUUUCUGCUGAUGGGAAAUGGAGUCCAAGACUGGUACUUCUGCUUGCCCUGAUCUGAAUCAUAAAGGCUAAACUGUAAAGCUAAGCAGGGCAUCCACAAUGAGUAGUGCUUUUCAACAUCUUCAUGCGCCCCCUCGCCCAGCUUGUCCGGAGUUUUGGGCUGGGCUGCCAUCAGUAUGCUGAUGACACCCAACUCUAUCUGUUGAUAGAUGGCCAUCCUGACUCAGCCCCAGACACACUGACCAGAUGUUUGGAAGCUGUGGCUGGAUGGUUACGUGGGAGCCUGUUGAAGUUAAAUCCUUCGAAGACAGAGGUCCUUUGGCUGGGUUGGGACGAUAUGGGAUGGGGGGGGGGCAACUCCCAUCUCUUGCGGGGGCGCAAUUAAUGCCAGCACCAUCCGUUAAGAGUUUGGGUGUAAUCUUCGACACCUCCCUUUCCAUGGAGGCACAGAUUACAGCUGUAACAAAGGCGGCAUUUUUUCAUCUCUGCCAAGCUAAGCAGUUGGCUCCUUACCUCUCUCGCCCUGACCUAGCCACUGUGAUCCACGCGACGGUCACCUCCAGACUGGAUUAUUGUAACUCGCUCUACGUGGGGCUGCCCUUGAGACUGACCCAGAAACUCCAGCGGGUGCAGAAUGCCGCGGUGAGACUUCUUAUGGGGUCCUCGCUGCGAGAUCACAUUCAUCCGGUGCUAUACCAGCUGCACUGGCUCCCGGUGGAGUACAGGAUCAGGUUUAAGGUGCUGGUUUUAACCUUUAAAGCCCUAUACGGCCCUGGACCCUCGUACCUACUGGACCGCCUCUCCUGGUAUGUCCCACAGAGGAACUUACGGUCUUCAUACAAAAACAUCUUGAAGGUCCCAGGCCACAGAGAGGUUAGGCUGGCCUCAACUAGAGCCAGGGGUUUUUCGGCUGUGGCUCCGAUCUGGUGGAACGCUCUGUCACAAGAGACUAGGGCCCUGCGGGACUUGACAUCUUUCCGCAGGGCCUGCAAGACAGAGCUGUUCCACCAGGCCUUUGGCCAGGGCACAGCCUGACUCCCUCCUUUGGCAAUCUUCACAGAACUCUAGCCCAAUGGUUGUCAUCAAUUUGAUUUGAAUUAAUUUUAUAAUGAAAUGAUUUUAGAACGUUGUAUUAUUUUAUUGUUUUUAGUCGCCCUGAGCCUGGCUUCGGCUGGGGAGGGCGGGAUAUAAAUAAAAUUUAUUAUUAUCAUUAUUAUUAAUGUAUUGUCUUUGAGAUAGGAGUUUGGACUUGGUGUCUUACUGGUCCAGGAACAGUGAUGGCAGCUGAUAUACUGAACACACAUUUGUCUCUUUCUUAAUUUCUCUGUGAUUUAUGUAUCUGAGACAGCAAAGUUCUUGCAUGCCUAUUCAUUAAUGGUUGUCCCCUACAGUUUUGCAUCGCAGAAUGGCAAGCCUACUUUGGCAGACCUACUUUGUUAAAAUUGUGUGCCGCAUGGCAAUAUAUUUCACCACUUUUUGAACACCUGCACAGACUUCUUUUUUUCUCUUUGUGUAAUAUCUUGUAGAGCGAUGACAGAGAAACAGAUACAGCUUCAGACAGCAGUUACCCACUUGGCAGAAUCAAGAAGAGCCCCAGUUCGCUAACCAAUCUUAGUGGCUCUUCUGGCUUGGCGUCCUUGUCUUCUGUAUGUAGACAAAAGCUUUAGUUAAUAACACUGCUUUUGCUAAUACUUUGUUUUCUUUAACUCUGCAGUAGCAGCAGAGCCUCUGUUUAAUAUUGUGAUGUGUGAUGCUUGAUGCUAUUGCAGUUGACUGUUAACUAGUUGUAACAUUCAGAUUCUUUCCGCUAUCUGAAUUAACUUCUCAUUUCCCAUUUUCUGUUCAGCAUAACCUUUUGGGGCCCUUCUGCUCCUAAGCAUUUAUUUCAGUGAAAUGAUAAGCCUGAGUUUGCCAUUGAAGAUAUUCUUGGCAGGGAGCUGUAGCCAACCCUGGUGUCUUAAUAGUUAUGCAGCCAAACCAUGGCUAAGGAAUCCAUGGUUUGGUGUUAGGUUGGAACUGGGAGAUCAUGUUUAGUGAUUAACCACCAAACCAGAAUUGGAAACGAUGGUUUUUGGCUGGCAGGAUGUCUGAAUAGACAAACCAUAGGUAGGCACAUUCCUAUUGUUCCUGGAGAAAACAGGAGUCAUUAUAUGAACCUUGUGAAAUUCUAUAUGCUGAUACAGAAUUCUGAUCCUGUUCUGGCUUCCUAUAGUCCAUGAGAGUUCAAAGUAGACCAAAGUCCUAUCUCAGCCCUGAAUUUGCUGGGCAGACUCAAGUGAGCUCCUCUUGCGAUUCUUAGUUUUUUAAUAAAUAAAUCUGUAAAAUGGGAAUAACAGUGACCUCUAGCAUAACAUCAUUUGCGAAAAAGCAAUAUGAGGGUUGUAAAGCAAUUGUUAUGCCAAAAGUGCUAUAACAUAAUAGUGGAUAACCAAGCUGCCAAUCACUUUAUAAUUUAUCAGGUCUGAGCACAAAUUUCUAAGUGGCUUGUGAGUACAGGCAGGAAGGCAGAUGGAGGAAAACUGCUAGCAUAUCUGAGAGCAGAGAGCAAUAUGUAUAUUUUUUUCUGGGUUCCAUCCAACAAAAUCACUCUUUGCAUGUGUAGUGUUUGAUGAUUUCCCAUCUGGUUUGAAAAUGAGCGUGCAUUAUUUGAAUAUAAGCUGUUCUCUCUCCCUGGGAUGACAUCUGCAGAGGGACUCUGAAUUGUUCUUUGCUGCCUUCAGCUAUGCGUAGAUGAAGUUCAGCCAUGAACUUAGAUUUAUUUCCCACCUUAAAAGAGUCUGCAGGAAGGGAUAAGGAUUUCUUUUUUUAAGGGCUUGUUCUCUGCUCGGUGACUUCUACAGGUCAGCACCAGCGUGAUGAGCAUCUACAGCGGAGACUUUGGGAACGUGGAUGUGAAAGGAAACCUUCAGUUUGCUAUUGAUUACGUGGAGCAGCUGAAGGAACUUCAUAUUUUCGUCGCCCAGGGCAAGGACUUGGCAAUUGCAGAUGUUAAGAAGCAGCGUUCAGAUCCGUAAGUGUAGGUGGAGGGUGCUGUGUGUGUGUGUGUGUAUUCAAACCUAGCAGUUCGAAAGCAUGUCAAAGUGCAAGUAAAUAAAUAGGUACCACUCUGGUGGGAAGGUAAACGGCAUUUCCGUGUGCUGCUCUGGUUCACCAGAAGCGGCUUAGUCAUGCUGGCCACAUGACCCAGAAGCUGUACACCAGCUCCCUCGGCCAAUAAAGCGAGAUGAGCGCCGCAACCCUAGAGUCGGUCACGACUGGACCUAAUGGUCAGGGGUCCCUUUACCUUUACCUUUAUCAAAGCACAAUUAUGCAAAACUUAACGUAUAUAAUACAAAAUUGCCAAGAUGCAUCUUUGAAACAAAUUACUUUAAACCAGCAAAAGUUACAAAUGUGGUCUAAACAAAAUUUAAAAAUUCCUUCCAGUAGCACCUUAGAGACCAACUAAGUUUGUUAUUGGUAUGAAUUUUCGCGUGCAUGGACACUUCUUCAGAGAUCUCCUCCAAAUUUUUCAUUCCAAAGGGCAGUAGAAUUGGCCCAUUUUGCCAGUAAAGUUAUUUUCAGAUCUUUUGUUUCCUCUUACUUGAUUGUAGCAUUCAGUAGCAUAUUUACAGGGUAUUGUACUCUCUAAAACCAAUCAGACAGGGGUGGGGGAGAGUCCCACUCUCCAGCAUUUGAAAGCUGACAAAUUUAGUGGAAGCCAGCAGUGUUGAAAUCAUUUGACCAUCUUCUUCCUAAGGAGAAGUGUGUUUGCCACCUUGAGCUGCUUGAAGGUAAAGCAUGAUAUAAAUAAAUAGGUGAAACCAAGCAAGACUGAAAUGAUCUUGCACAGAACAGUUUUUAAUAAUAAUUUAAAAAUUAUUUCCUGCGCAAGCGGAUAUCCCGUUUCUGACGUUUCAGACCUGGGAACAAACUUGAGUGCUUCGUAAUUAUAGAUACCCUUUUGAAAUUCCCAGUGUAAGAUUGGCCUGUUCAGUUUUAAGGCUUGGAGAGCUACAGACAAAAGAUGCACGUUUUGCUCUUGGGUUUCCCUGAAAGCCUUCUUCCAGGUUCAAAUGUUACGUUAACCAGACUGGUGGUUAAAUCUCCUUAGGUAUGUGAAGAGUUACUUGCUACCAGAGAAGUACAAACUGGGCAAAAGAAAAACGUCGGUGAAGAAGAAAACAUUGAACCCUGUCUUCAAUGAGAUAUUAAGGGUAACUUGUAUAAUUUAUAGUACCAGAAUGAAUGCAGCACAUAGUCAUGGUUUGUUUAGCCUAAGCUUGGUUUGUUUGAAUGUGCGAGCCUAGUUUUAGUAAACUAAUUCAUUUUCUGAAUGAUAGCUUGGUUUAACCAGUAGAGGACAGCACAGUGGGGCAGUGGGGCUUAUCUGACCUCCUUACAGCCGAGUCACUGAGGAUAAUGGGGAGGUGGGCAUGGUGCAAACACACUGGCAGGAGUGAGUGCCAGGUUGGUCCUGCUGGCGCUCUGUUGUUCCAGUAAAGGUAGAUGUUGGCAAAAUACCGUAUUUUUUGCUCUAUAGGACACACUUUUCCCCCUCCAAAAAUUAAGGGGAAAUGUGUGUCCAUCCUAUGGAGCAAAUGCAGGCUCUUUGGCUCCAGCGAUAGCAACGCGAAGCCUCCGAAGCGCAGAGGGAGCGCUCCCUCCGCACUCCGGAGGCUUCGCGUUGCUUUCGCUGAAGCCUGGAGAGCGAGAAGGGUUGGUGCGCACCGACCCCUCUCGCUCUCCAGGCUUCAGGGAUAGCCGCCUGAAGGCUUCGGAGCGCAGCGCAAGUUCCUGCUGCACUCUGGAGGCUUCGGGUUCCUUGCGCUAAAGCCAGGAGAGCAAGACUUUCCUGGCUUCAGCAGAGAGGGAGAGCUGUGCAGCGCCCCUUCAGCCAAGCGGAAGGAGAAAUGGAAGGGGCUCCGUUUCUCCUGCCGCUUCGCUGAAGGGGCGCUGAGCAGAGAGGGGGAGAAUUUUUUUUCUUGUUCUCCCCCUCUAAAACAAGGUGUGUCCUAUGGUCGGGUGAGUCCUAUAGAGCGAAAAAUACGGUAAAUCCAAUCUACCCCCACCUCUCCGUUGGAAUAGCAUGCUUCAUCUGCAGCUCACAGUUCUAACGCACAAUUCUAAUUCUGUAGAUAAAUGCAUACUUAAAGUGUCUGUUUUGUCUCCUUUGCAGUAUAAAGUUGACAGGGCUCUCCUGGCGUCCCAGAGGUUGAAUGUCUCCGUGUGGCACAAUGACACGUUUGGACGUAACAGUUUCCUGGGUGAAGUGGAGCUGGACUUGGGAGAAUGGGACUGGGAUGACAGGCAGAACAAGCAGAUGAUUUGGUACCCGCUUAAGCCAAGAGUGAGUUAAUGGUUUUUGGUCCGUAAUGAGCGUCGUUGAGCCAAACUCUCUUCUACCCCUCAAUGAUUUAAUAAAUGAGUAAAUAGCAACAGCCAUAAUUCUGAAUCAUACGGCUACCAGUUUAUAAUUCCUGUACUAUCAUUUAUAUUCAUAGGAAGUAUUGUUUUCAUACCAACAAUUAUCACUGAAAUUAAUAACCUUGCCCAGUGUGAUGAAUUUCUACUUUGGCUUCUUUAUAAUUUUCACCAGUGCUGCGACAUGUAAUCCACAGGUAGGCAAUGUGGUGCCCUUCAGAUGCAGUAGGACUCUGGCUCCCAUCAGCCCCAACCAAACCAACAUGGCCAGCAAUAAGGGAUGAUGGGGUUUGUAGUCCCAACAACAUCUGCAGGGCACCACAUUGGCUACCCCCGGUGUAGCUGAUUAAAAAUAUUUCUGAGAUUUAACCUGGAAGCAGAUGUAAAUCUUUCCCAAUACAUAUUUUCCUAAGGUUGUUGUCAUGUUGCAGUUUGCAUGGCCCCCAGUAGGUGGCUAAUUAAAUGUUUCUUUUAUCAGCUGAUAAGCUCAGUUUGCACCCAUUUUGCACACAGUAUUUGUGAAAACACACAAAUAAGAGAUGCUACAAUAUUAGGUUUCGUAGACAGUGGGUUGAUUUUUUUAAAGAUAGUUUAUUAGGAAAUAUAUGUCAAUACAGAGGGAGUGGGUGGCGCUGUGGUCUAAACCACUGAGCCUCUUGGGCUUGCAGAUCAGAAGGUUGGUGGUUCGAAUCCCCAUGACAGGGUGAGCUCCUGUUGUUCUGUCCCAGCUUCUGCCAAUCUAGCAGUUCAAAAGCAGGUAGAUAAAUAGUGCAAGUAGAUAAAUAGGUACCGCUGCGGCGGGAAAAUAAACAGCCUUUCCAUGUGCUCUGGCACUCGUCACAGUGUCCCGUUGUGCCAGAAUUGGUUUACUUAUGCUGGCCAAAUGACCUGGAAAGCUGUCUGUGGACAAACGCCAGUCCCUCAGCUUGAAGCGAGAUGAGCGCCACACCCCAUGGUCGCCUUUGACUGGACUUAACCAUCCAGGGGUCCUUUACCUUUUACCUUUGUAUAUCAAUACAGUAUUCAAAAUGCGUAAUAGCAAUGUGGAAAGCAACUGAGUAUCAAUAAUGGCAAUUAAAAAAACCAAAAACUGGGCAAUUAACAUUAGCACCAUCAUGUUCUUAGAACGAGUUAGAAAUUAAAUAGCAGUAAUUAAUAAUUUAACCAAAAAGAAGAAAAAGAAAUGAACCGACAUAGUCUAAGGGUUUUAUUCAAUGCUAGUCAUACUGAAGAAUAUAUCCACUGAGGUUAGUGGAUCUAAGUUAGUCACGUUCAGUAAUUUCAGUGUGUCUACUCUCAGUAAAACUUACUUGAAUGCCACCCAUUGAAAUUAAUGAGUUAUUCAUUAACUUCAGUGGGGCUACUCUCGAGUAUGACUAGCAUUGAAUACCACCCAUAGUUAAUAGGAGCUGUGUUUUUAAUGUCCCAUUUAUUUAUUCAGUUUGAGAAGACUCAUACAGUGGUGCCCCGCAAGACGAAUGCCUCGCAAGACGAAAAACUCGCUAGACGAAAGAGUUUUCCGUUUUUUGAGUCGUUCCGCAAGACGAAUUUCCCUAUGGGCUUGCUUUGCAAGACGAAACGUCUUGCGAGUUCUUGCGAGUUUGUUUCCUUUUUCUUAAAGCCGCUAAUAGCCGUGCUUCGCAAGACGAAAAAACUGCAAGACGAAGAGACUCACGGAACGGAUUAAUUUCGUCUUGCGAGGCACCACUGUAUUCAUAUCUUCUCACAAAAUUUACAAAAACGAAUCCCUCUCUGUCUUACUGUUCCAGAGUUCCGUAAACAUUGCCCUUUCUUGUGUAAUUUUCUUUUUCCCUUUGAAGACCUCAAAGCAUCUUGAGUAGGAGGUUGCCUGUUCCCGUAAUUAAAUAAGCCAUUCCUUUAAAUGGGGGCAUUCCCUACUCCACUCUCACCCCAGUAUUUUCAAAUCCUUGCAGCUAAAUCAUGACAUAAUGAUUUCUUUCUGUCUUCUGGAACUGUGUCUUUGAGAUACGUUAGUAAAUCUAUUUUGGGGUCUAAUUGGACCACAUGUUUCAAGAUGUUGCUUAUAUUACAUAGUCAUUGGUUUCUUGUUUUUGUUUGGUCAGACUCCACUAGCUGGUCUUGAUCUGGAGAACAGAGGGGACAUGAAAAUAGCUCUCCAAUAUGUUCCACAGCCUGUUGGGGGUAAGAAUCUUUCAGUUACCCACUUUCCAAGUUUGCUUCAUGGGGUGUUUUGCCUCCCUAAUUUAAUGGCAUGUCAUUCAAACCUGGCAAACUAUGGUUCGCUCAAACUAUGCCUUGAUUGCAAAGCAACCAGGAUGAAACCAUGGCUUCUGGUUGUGUUACGGGGUCCUCGCCGCGGGAUCACAUUCACCCGGUGCUGUACCAGCUGCACUGGCUCCCGGUGGGAUACAGGAUCAGGUUUAAGGUGCUAGUUUCAACCUUUAAAGCCCUAUACGGCCUAGGAUCCUCGUACCUAUGGGACCGCCUCUCCUAAUAUGUCCCAUGGAGGACCUCACGGUCUUCAAAUAAAAACAUCUUGGAGAUCCCGGGCCACAGAGAGGUUAGGCUGGCCUCAACCAGAGCCAGGGCUUUUUCAGCCUUGGCCCCGAUCUGGUGGAACGCUCUGUCACAAGAGACUAGGGCCCUGCGGGACUUGACAUCUUUCCGCAGGGCCUGCAAGACAGAGCUGUUCCACCAGGCCUUUGGCCAAGGCACAGUCUGACCCCCUCCUUCUGUAAUCCUCAUAGAACUCUAGCCCAAUGGUUGCCAUUAAUUUGACUCUGAAUUGAUUUUAGAAUGAAUUGAUUUUAGAAUGUAUUUCAAUUAAUUGAUUGUGAUUUUAUGUAAACUGUGUUAUUUUUACUGUUGUUAGCCACUCUGAGCCCGGCUUCAGCUGGGGAGGGCAGGAUAUAAAUAAUCUUAUUAUUAUUAUUAAACGGUUGUUUGGGCAAACCAUUGGUUUCCAUAUUCAAAUGAAAUCGCAUAAACCACGGCUUGUUGCAAACCAGGGAUGGAGGCCUCACUCCCAUGAGGGAAGUGUUUGAGACAGCCUGAGGCCCCUCACUCUUCUAACAGUAAACUAAGGUUGGCGCUGUGGGUUAAACCACAGAGCCUAGGACUUGCCAAUCAGAAGGUUGGUGGUUCGAAUCCCCGCGACAGGGUGAGCUCCCAUUGCUCGGUCCCUGCUCCUGCCAACCUAGCAGUUCGAAAGCACGUCAAAGUGCAAGUAGAUAAAUAGGUACCGCUCCAGCGGGAAGGUAAGCGGCGUUUCCGUGCGCUGCUCUGGUUCGCCAGAAGCGGCUUAGUCAUGCUGGCCACAUGACCCGGAAGCUGUACGCCGGCUCCCUCGGCCAAUAAAGCGAGAUGAGCGCCGCAACCGCAGAGUCGGUCACGACUGGACCUAAUGGUCAGGGGUCCGUUUACCUUAAGGUUGUAUUUGACCUUCCUCUAAGUUUACUUGGCUAUGAAGUAGUAUGGAGAGACUCCUAGAUGUUGCUGGAAUUCUGUGUUGCUUGCUAAGUUCUCCCUCUGUGUAGCUGGUGCAGUAACCUUCUGUUCGGUGACUGAAUGGUUAGCUUACAAUGGGUCAGCCUCAGGCUGGAGGCAGCUAAUCCUGCACACCAUCAUCUGAACCUUUACUGUAUCAUGUGAGUGUGACCUUUGAAGAUGGCACCUGAGGCCCUACACAUAGACGGUGCAGAGAAUCAAAUCAUCGUUUGCCUGUGAUUAGUGGAGCACUCAUAUGCAUGAAGAUGUGCCAUUGUUCCAAUCAGUUAGACAGAUUGUACGUAGUCAGUGGCCGUUGCAAAAUGAAUCACAGAGAUGGUUGGGGUGAGGGUGACCUUGGGAAGAGGUUUGGUCUGGAGCGGGGUGUGUGUGUGUGUGUGUGUGUGUAUGUGUGUGUUGUCUUGUAGGACAGAGAGGCCUGAGAUGCCUGACCCAUGCUGCAUUCAAUAUCUUCGCAAGACUUUAAAGUUUUGCUGCGUAUCUUAUUUGUUGUUAACAAAAGGAAACACAAAGAGUGAUGCUUUGAACAGAUCAACCAACCAUGUUGUGCUCUGUUUUCUUUCUCCCUUUUUUGUCUAUUUCAAAGGUAAAAAACCUCCAGUCACUGGAGAAGUCCACAUUUGGGUGAAGGAAUGCAGUGACCUCCCUGUCCUCAGGGGCAAUAGACUCAACUCUUUUGUUAAGUGGUAAGAACAGGGAUUCAACCAAAUGAAGGUGUAAUUUGGCAAGGUUGGGUGACUGACACUUGGAGCAGGUCCUGGGCACAACCAGAAUGCCAGGAGUGAGACAGCAGUGAAUCACACCAUCCAAGUUGGAGUUCACUCUUUAUUAGCAAAACCAAAAUUGACACAGGAGUGUCAGGCCUAAUGAGCCCAGCAACUCAUCUCUGGUAGGUCUUGCCCCCAUGAAACAGAUGCUGAGACUGUAGGUUCUUGCCUCCCCAUAGCUGCCUAAUUCCCUUCCUCUCCAGAGUUUUCCCCAAGCAAUCUGAGACUGUGCCUGCAUGAAGUGAACUUCUCCUCCGCCCUUUUCAUGCCUCUCUUGGUUCUGGGAAACCAGGGGGAGGGGAGCAUGUCACAGCAAGAGGGGAAGAAACCAACUUCAGCAGCCUGACUCAUCUUUGCCUCUUGGCCUCCCUCCUCCCACCCUCUUGCUUCAGCUUCUGCCUCUGAUUCUGGACUUGCCUCUGCCACAGAUUCUCCCAGCUCACUAAGCCCUGUUACUUCCUCAGCUUCUAACACCUCUUCCUCCCAGUCUUCUUCUGACCACUCAUUAUUGUCCCACUAUCACUCCUCGGGCUCUGAGCCUUCUUUCCUUGGUAGUUCCCCAUCUGGUUUCUUCCACCAUUCCUCUGUGUCCAGCCCAUGGCCCAGAAGCUCUUUAUUAUCCAAAUCAGCUCCCAACAUGUUUGUGGCAAUUUCUGUCACAACAUCAUAGCCCCACAUGGGCUGCAGCUGGGAAAUCUGUGAAGAUGCGAAUCAACAAGAUAUUGAAAAAAUGAGUUCAGGCAUGAGCCUGCAUGCCUCUCUCUGUUUAAUGCACAUGUGGCAAUAGCACACCUGCAAACUGAACAUCAGUGUACCGCCUCUUGUUGCCUGAGAUGCAAGGGGAGGAGGUUUCCUGUUUAUUUUUUGCCGAUUUAUAAAGUGCUUCAUGACAAAAGUAGCCAAAGUACCAAAAAAAAGUUAAGAUAAAAUAUAUAAUGCAAAAGAUUACAAACCCACUAAACUUAAAAAUAAUAUAAAGCUGGUGAUAGAGUUAUACAAUUAUAUACGAUAUUGGCCUGAAUAUAUCCCGUACCCACAAGUAAGCCGCACCUUUAAAAUUCAAGGGGGAAAAAGAAAAAAAGACAAUACCUGAAAAGUUACAAUUGCUAAAAUCACAAAUCACUAUUCAAUUGCUACCAUUCUGCAGGCACUCACACCCAUAAAUGGCAAAUGUAGAAGAAAAUACUACGGGUAACAGAGAAUACCCGCAAGCUCGCAAAUCGGCAAUAAAACAUUUUUUUGUUCCGUUUUACCAUUUGUCUGUUUCAGCAGCAAUAUCGUAAAAGCCAAUUUUUGUAAAGUUGCGAAUUUAAGCCACACUUGAAUUUUUCACGGUCGGAAUUUGGGGGGAAAGUGUGGCUUAUAUUCGGGCCAAUACGGUAGUUGUUCCACAAGAUGGCUGGGUCACCUCUAUCAGCGUUCCCUCUCUGUUUUAUCGAAUCCCUUCUUUCUUGGUUGCAGAACUAGUUUCUCUCUUUACUUCCACCAAAAGUCAUCCGCCCACCCCAGAUUACUGGGACAACAACAGCUUCUUGUGUGGUACGAACCAAGUCUCAAGUGUCUAAGUUUAUUCUCAUGGUCAUUUUUCUCCCUCUUCCCACUUUUAUCCAAAGUACCAUCCUUCCAGACACAAGCAGGAAAAGCCGUCAGAAAACAAGAGCUGUAGCGAAGACAACAAACCCAGUGUUCAAUCAUACAAUGGUCUAUGAUGGCUUCAGACCUCAAGAUUUGAAAGAAGCCUGUGUGGAGCUCACUGUCUGGGAUCACAACAAACUAGCCAAUCACUUCCUUGGAGGCCUCAGGAUAGGACUUGGAACAGGUAAUUUCAGAUAAGUGGAAGUUCUCCCCACCACCCUAGAGAUAGUAAGUGGGUGAAAUUUCAAAAUUAUUAUUUUGGGGAGGGGGACUACAGAGAUACAAUAGUCAUCUUCAAAUAUUUCAAGGGCUGUCACAUGGUAGAGGGAACAAGCUUGUUUUCUCCUGCUCUGGAGGGUAGGACUCUAACCAGUGGCUUCAAGUUACAAGAAAGGAGAUUCCGGCUAAACACAGGAACAGCUCUGAUAGUAAGAGCUCUUCGACAGUAGAACGGUCUCACUUGGGAGGUUGUGGACUCUCCAGAGGUUGGAUGGCUAUCUGCCAUAGAUGCUUUAGCUGAGACCCCUGCAUUGAAGGGGAUUGGACUAGAUGACCCUUGGGGUCCCUUCCAACUCUACAAUUCUAUGAUCAUAGCUGUCAACGUUUCCCUUUUCUUGUGAGGAAUCCUAUUCGGAAUAAGGGAAUUUCCCUUAAAAAAAGGGAAACGUUGACAGCUAUGUCUAUGAUUCUAUGACCCAAUGGCUUUGAAACAAAGUGCUCUUGAAAUAUUGGACAGGAUUCACUUCAUGAGCCCCAUGUAAGGAUUUCUGCUUGUGCAACAAGUGCUGGAUCUGCACUUAUCUUUUUUUAAAAAAACAAACCAAAACAUUAUGUAGCUCUCAAUGCAAUUUUCCAUUGACCUCUGUACAUAGCCCCCUGGUGUCACAUUUUUAUAACACAUUUAUAACAUUAUAAGGGAUGCGGGUGGUGCUGUGGGUUAAACCACAGAGCCUAGGACUUGCCGAUCAGAAGGUUGGUGAUUCGAAUCCCCGCGACAGGGUGAGCUCUCGUUGCUCAGUCCCUGCUCCUGCCAACCUAGCAGUUCAAAACCACGUCAAAGUGCAAGUAGAUAAAUAAGUACCGCUCCGGCGGAAAGGUAAAUGGUGUUUCCAUGCGUUGCUCUGGUUCGCCAGAAGCGGCUUAGUCAUUCUGGCCACAUGACCCGGAAGCUGUACGCCAGCUCCCUUGGCCAAUAAAGCGAGAUGAGCACCGCAACCCCAGAGUCGGCCACGACUGGACCUAAUGGUCAGGGAUCCCUUUACCUUUAUAACAUUAUAACUCACCAGUAUAGAUUAGUCCAAGGUUUCUCCUGGUUGUAACCCAGUGCGUACUGCUUAAGGGAGAUAGCUUAUAGCACUUUGCAGUUACUGUUGUGUACAUGACAGAUAAAAGGCAAUGCUAAUUCAAUGUUUUUUUAAAAAACCCACUUCUUUAGGUAAAAGCUACGGUACUCCAGUAGACUGGAUGGACUCUACAACAGAUGAAAGCAACUUAUGGGAACGAAUGAUUGAUUCUCCAAACACCUGGGUUGAAGAUACGCUGCCACUCAGGAUGCUGAUGAUGGCAAAAACGCCGAAAUAG